AACCACAACCUUGCCUUCCCAUUCCCGCGCGCGCGAAGGCGCCCAGCGUCGUUCUCGCGGUUUCCUGCGAUACCCGUCGCUGCCGAGGGAGGGCGGCGGGAGGAAAAGGAGGGGGAGCCAAGGGAGGGGGGCGGGUUUUGAGGGGGUCCCUACCCCGCCCCCCCUCCUGCCCCCACAACUCCUGCUCUACCGACCGGCGGUUGCCGAGACACAAAAUGGACGCUGCCGAGGCUGACGUCGUUGUCCCGGUGGCGGCGACAGCACUGACAGCGGCUCAGGCCCCAGCCGCUGUCAGCCCGGGCUGCGAGGAGGUCGAGGAGGAGCCCUCCACCUCGGCCGCUUUCUCUUCCUCCUCACAGGAGCCCGGCGGCCCAGAGGAGGUACGGCGCGGGAAACGGGGAGGAGGAUGAGGGCGGCGGCGGCCUCUAGAUCGCGCGCCGCAAUCACCUCAAACCUCUGCGUAUGCUCAGAGGAACACUUUAUUUUCAUUUUUUAACAACCCCACCCGGAGCGCUAAGCUCCGGGGAGCCAGCAUACGAAACUGCAUCCGUCCUUUUGAGAGACCAUCACCCCCCACCUUACCCUCGCGCGCCCAUUUCUUUAUUUUUCGUUUACACCAAGGCUGCGGCCCUCCAGAUGCGUCCUCCCCAUCAGCCGCCCAGCCAGCAUGCCCAAAAAGUGCUCGGGAAUGACAGGAGCGGCUGUCCAGCACAUCUGGAAUGGAGGAUCGCUGAUCUUCAUCAGCAUAGCUGUCAACUUUCAGAUUUGAAAAUAAGGGAUCAGUAGCCUCACCUAUCCCAGGGACAGUCAAUAGGAUAUCUAACAAUCCGGGAUAGCAGCGGGAAACGGCACUGGAAUAAGGGAAUUUCCUGCAAAAAAGGGAAGGUUGACAGCUAUGCCUCAUCAGUCGUUUUAUGCCCAUCGUGGUCAGGGACUUGGGAAGGUUUACCAUGCUGAGUCCUUGCUUGCCUGAGUAAUCUGCUGUUUGAUACUUAAUGUAUGGAAGAAACGCCCUCAGGCGAAGUGUAUAUCCUCCAGGCACAUGUUUAUUCCACUUGUGGUGUGGGAGGGAGGGAGGGGUUGGCUUUGCGAGGGCUGAUGCCAACCCAUCAUGUGCGGGUUUUAUGUGGCUUCCCAGGGGCACCGGGUUGGCUGCUGUAGGAGGCAGGACUAGAGCAAGGGUGAGGGACUUGUGGUUCCCAGCGUGUGUUAGUUAUUGCUUGUUGCAUUUCUUUCAAGGAGCUAAAGGUGAUGAAUGUAUUUCUCUCCCCCUGUUUUAUCCUCACAACAACCCUGUGAGGUAGGAUAGUCUGGGAGUGAGGGACUGGCCCAGUGAACUUCAUGGCUGAGGCUGGGAUUUGAACCCUGGUUUCCCAGAUCUUAGUCCAGCAUUCUAUAUCUGCUAUACCAUCUUCUUGGCUAAUGACAGUGCUGCCUGAGACUGAUUGUGUGCAGCAACUUCAGGAGCGUCACAAUUUCCCCAUCCUUGGUUUAAGAUUCCUUGAAGAGCAUCGAAAGGUCCUGGGAGCAGGACUGUGAAGCUCAGUUAUGGUGGGAGAACCAAGCAGUCCUCCUUGCAAGUUCUUGACCUUCUCUUGCUUAUGCCUAAAUGCAAUGGCGGCAGCUGUGCACUGAGGCUGUCCACAGGACAGGUUGAGAGCAGGAGUGGGGAAGCUGUGGUCCUCUAGGUGUGUUGGUACUGAAACUCCCAUAUUCUCUGACUAUUGGUUAUGCUGCCCAGGCUGAUGGGAUGUGGAGUUCAACAAAAUCUGUAGACCAUCAGGUUGUUUAUGAUUUUUGUUAACCAUCCAGAGUGUGUUACAGCAAUAUAAACAAACAAUACCACAAUCAGUUAAAUAAACACACAAUCAGAAGAAUAACUAACAUAAGCUAAAAACAUAAAAAGCCAGGCAGAUUCCAUAUAGUUAAACAUUCUUUAGGAGUUUUCAUUAGGUGCAGUUACCAUCAUUGGCCAGUUGCCCAGGUUCUACCUACUUUCUGUCCACUAUGGGCACAGAGACCUGAAAAGAACAGAUGAUCAGUUUAGUUUGCUGUCCUUGUAUAUCCACCUAAACUAUAACUCAUAUUUAAGGUAUGAUUGUUGGCUUAUUGUGGUUCAGCAGGAACAAGCAGCAAUACUUGAGCAUGUUGCAGUUGCUCAAGUUUUGCUCAUUCCCAGCCCACCUUUCCAUUCCUGCCCACCUGUCAAACUAGCCCAACCCCUGACCUAGAGAGUGAUCUAAUUUAUUUAUUUAUUUUACUUAUAUUAAGUAAACAAAGAUGAACAUUUUGAAACUGGAAGGUGUGCCUAAUAUAUUUGUAACUAGUAUCCAUUCAUUGCUGUUAAUGAUCUUAUGGAAUGGAAAAUGUUCCUUGGAAAAAAUAAAGCACUGGAAUUUUCCCUGCCCCUGUGUAAGAGCCUAAAGAGCAACUUCAGGCAUAUCCAGUGCAAUUUUGACUUCCCUUUUUCAACAGCCCACAUGUCUCCCCUUGUUAUACAACCAUGUGUUUUUGAAAUUUUCCUCAGUUUUAAAAGCAGUGCACAAUAUGUCACAGGGAUGUGUUGCUGUUUGAAAAUCUUAAGUUCAGAUGCCCAUAGGCACAACUACUUGUAUCACUCUUUGAAUCUUAAGCAAUUUAUGUGGUAUCUGAGUGCAGGAAACUUUUCACAGUGUGGGUGGUGGAGGUAUAUGCAUUGUUUUGAAAGCACAAACAAGUUCUUCCCCUCAUUUCAGAAGUCGUAUUUUCUUGAUUUUUACAGAGGCAAUGGUGGGGGGGAGGUGAGUUGAAUGGGGAAUUUGGUCCUCCAUUAGACACACAGUAAUUGUAGAAUUUGUCAUUUUGUUUACAGAGAAAUGAUCCUCCAUUUCAACUAAAGCCCCCUCCAAAGGCAUCUAAAUCUGAAAAAGAUGUUGAUCCAGAGUAUGAAGAAAAGAUGGUAAAUUUUCUGAUAUAGCAGUUUAUCUGAUAAUAUAUUUGUUACGUUUUUGUUGAGCUUUGGUUGUGGUGAAAAGAGAAGUAAAAAUAUUAGCAUACAUAAUAUUAAUUGUUCUAAAAUAAAACAGAUUGUUUUUCUAGACAGUUUUAGGAAGCUUUAAGGUGCAUAUAUGUAAACAUUAAAAAAUAUUAUUUAUUCAUGAUACCAUCACAAAACAAAUGUUUAACAGUCUGAGAGUAACACAAGGUGACAUCAUUUGAAAUUAACCCAGACCCAAAUAAAACUACAUCAUAAAUGAACUUAAAAUGCUGAAUUUCCCUGGCAGAUCACAUGUGCCCUCCCUUUAAAGUUCCACUUUUAAGCAAUAUUUCAAGUAAAAUAAAUAAAAAUAAUACACUUGUAUCUGAAUAAAAUUAGGAUAAUUUAACUGAUGUUCAUAUAUGCCAAAGUGAAAACAGCAAGCUAUAACCCAUUCAGGGGAUCCUUAAUACACCAAAUCAAUCACUAGAACAAGUUUGUGUAUGUAGUAUGUGCAGCCUGAUCCCGUGCAUGCUUAUGUGGAAUUCAAUUUUCCCCUAUCUCUGGCUUGCUCCCAAGUAAUUGUGUGGUGAAAUUUGAGGCAUUUGUUUGUAUCUUCACAUAUAAUAAAGCUGAGGUGGAGGAGUCUGCUGUUACCCAAAAGAAGCAUAAGACCCAUCUUACUUUACUGCUUUCCAUAGAUUUUAGCAAAUUUAUCCCUGCCUACCCUAUUUGUAGUAUUGGACCCGGUCUGUUGGAAAACUGCUUAAAAGUUACAGAGUGCAAUAAGGUAAGCCAAUAAAAAGGGCAGGUUUUGGUCCACUUUUCUUUGUGCUCCUUUAAAAUUAGAUCCCUCUACCCCCAUUUUAUAUGUGAACGGAGUAAGUGUGUGUUACACAUAAUUGUCUUACAUGUCUUUUAAAAUCCAAACAACAUCAUCUAUUCGAGGUUCCGUCAUUUGGUGUGAGAAGUUUUUACUACUGCUUAAAAGGUAAAAACAUUUUCUCAUGUCAGUAGCCUUGAGAGAAAUCAUUGUUUUGAUUCUAAAACUGAUGCUCAACAAAUCUUCUUUUUAAAAUUCUAGUGAUCUUUCCUUAGGAUGAUCAUACACAAGAGAAGAGUAGACUACUGUACUACUUUUAAAGACUAUGUGGAAGAUGCAGUUUGUCAGAAAAGUGAGGAAAGUUGCACUUCUGAAAUUCUCUCUUCCACACAUUAAAAGUAUAGAGUAACAUUGUCCUCUGUUAGAUUGGUUACUCUCUGUUGUUCAAACAGUGACUGUAUUUGCAUAAUCAAAUAUUAGCUUAGUAAGAUGAGAUAGGAACAAGCUUCAUGCACAACCAGUUUGCUCAUUCCUUUGCAUGAGUGAGUAGAGAAGCCAGGAAGCUACAGUUAACAAUAGGUUUCUAUUAUAUCAGAAUUGGGAAACUAUGGUUAAUGUCUUCCAAACAAGCCAGAAUAUGAAGCCAUGAUUUCAAGUUGGCUUCCAGAUUCUGCUUUGUUUGGAUGCCAUUAACCAUAGUUACCAUUCCAGCCUGAUUACAUUACUUUUGGAAGCACUCAGUGGUUUUGUAUUUCAAGCAAAUCUGUAAUUAUGUUUGAAAUUUAUAGUAGCUUUUCACUAUUGCUAGAAUGUUUCUCGGUAGAGAAAAAGAAGAGAUUUUCCCUUGAGAGGGAAAACCCCUAAAGAUGAAGAUCACUGUUGACAAUAAAGUUAAACAAUUUGAAUAAAAUAUAAAAUAGUAUAGUAUAAAAUAUAAAAUAGUAUAGUAUAGUAUAGUAUAGUAUAGUACAGUAUAGAACAGAGAUAGCCAGUGUGUUACGCUUCAGAUUUUGUGUGGACUGCUGCUACCACCAUUCUUGAUCACUAGCCAUGCAGGCUGGUGUGAUGAGAAUUGGAGGGCACCAUGUUGGCUAUUGUGGUAUAGUAAGACCUAAUGCUUAGGAUCUGUCGAGCGAAAGUAUAGUACAACGUAAGAAAAUAUCCAUAUUAGAAACUCUUAUUGAUAUGAAUCUUGCUAAAUAAGAAUUAGCUCUGAAAGUCUACAGAUUCCAUUGAAGAGGAAACUGAAUGAUAACCAACAUUUAAUCAUUCACUUGUUUCUAUGAAAUUCUGUCAAGAAUUAACUUCAGCUGCCCAAGUAUGAUAACAUUAUAGCAGCCAUCCUGCAGUUUCUCAGAGCUGCUAAUGGAAUCGGACUUUUCAGUUAGCCAGUAUUCAAAAUCUGCCUCAAGAACUCCUGUAAGUAAGGAGACAAACAUUAAGACAGUCUUCAAGUUAAAAACAGCUGACACCUGGCUGGUUUCCUGGUUCUUUGAAGGAGUUGUGUAUUGUUGCUUCCAAGUUUGUAGAAAUAUAGUGUGGUUGUAAUCUUAUGCACAUUUACUUGGGAGCAUUAUUUCUAAGUAGACAUGUGUAGGAUAUUAUUGUGUGCCUACUACAGAGUGUAUGCUAUUUUUGGACUUGAAGAAAUUUGUAUCUCCCCUUUGCUCAUUCUUUAAAACCUUAGCUUCAGCAUACUUCCUGAGCAGUGUCUCAAAAAGACAGAAAAGCAAAGGAAGAAGUAACCAGAAAAUACAGGAAGCUCUUGCUUAUUAUUCUAAAUAGAGCUCUGCUCAGUUUUAGUCUGUUCUUUUUCAAAUCCUGUGUAUGUAUGUUAAAUGUUUUCCCCCACAAAAGGCCUCAAAGCAUCAAGAAAUUUUAUGCUGUGUUAUGUUGCCCUCAUGUGGUGAAAUGUUAUGCUAUCCUUUUUAGCUUAAAUUAAAAUAAACUGCUUAGCAUUUGUAUAUACAUGCAGGUCCCGCUAUCUGAAUGUUUGUUGUCCAUUUAUCCAAAUAUAAAAAAUAUGCCCAAACCCCACUACACGCAUGGCUGAUUCAGAUAGCUGGAGUUUCCCCAUAUCUUUGUUUGUUUGUGCUUUGCUGGUUGACUGCAACUAUUUUCAGAUGGAAAACAUAGAGGAAGGUGGGGAGAGAGAUCGGCCAGAGAGCAGGAGAAAUCAGACAGAUCAGUUUUUCCUUUCUCUUUUCAUUUGCAGGUUGGCUGUAGCCAUUUUAGAAAGAAACCAUGGCGGGAGGGGAGAGAAAGAUGGAUGUCCCAAGGGUGACUGAUCCAAGGUCAUUCAGUGGGUUUAUGGCUGAAUGAGGAUUUGAGUCCAGAUCUUCCCUGUUCUAGUCUGACAUUUGUCAUAGUCUAGUUUCCAGGCUUUGGUCUCUAGUGGGAGGGGACAGAAGCAGCUACAGAUAGACUUGUAGAGCUGGAUAAUGAUAAAUAUUGCUACCAUGCUGGAGAUGUGAAGCAGAGAAAGUGUGGCUUGUUAGUAGUCAUCUAGUGUGUUUGUGACAGAGACAGAAUUUGAACUCUGGACUUCUUGGUUCACAGUGUAAGCAUGUAUACUCCUAAGCAUGCUUUUAUAUCUGUUGGCUGGGGCAAGCCAGUCAGAUGGGUGGGGUACAAAUAAAAAAAAUGUUGUUACUCAUCUUAAUGGGGCUUAUUCUUAGGUAAAUGUGUAUAGGAUUGCAGCUUUAUUUUCAUAGCCACUACAAUUCACCAGCUGUUUCUUACUUAGGCCAUCCUUGUCAGGGAAGAGUUAGAAGUUUUCAGUUUAUCAGAGGGAGAAAGCAUUCCUCAAGGGGGGAAGGAGAGCAGUGAAUCUAAUAGAAGGGAGCAAGAGGAACAACAGGGAGGGACUGGCUGUUCACAGGAAAGGCAAGGGUUAAGUUCUAGCUCAGAUUCGGAGGAGGGGAGAUACAGGCCAGCUCUAGCCAGGAGGUUAGAAAAAAGAGCGAAAACGAAGGGAAAGGCGCCUUCGCCAUUUUGAGGGUGGCUGGUCACGGAGAAGCAGAGCUCAGAAGGUAUCUGAAAUAAGUGACUCUGAGGAAUAAUAGUUAAGAACUGUUUAUAAGAUUAUUUUGUUAAUACACAAUAAAAAGUUAUAAAAGAACAAGAAGCGUUUGUGUGGUGAUCUGAAGAGGACAACGACCAGUCCUGACAAUCCUUACAAAAGAAGAACUGUGUAGCAUAUGCCAUGAAACCAUGGAGCUGUCGCAGUAUGUCACUGGUCCAAUGCAUGUUGCAGGUCACAUUCUGGAUCUUGUUUUCUCAACUUGGCAGAAAGGGUAAUCUGAAGAUGGGGGAUAUUGACAUCAGUUGCUUGUUAUGGUCAGAUCACUUUCCUGUUGAGAUCUAGACUUUCAGCACCCUUUCCUCUCUGCAGAGGCAGUGGACCUUUUGGAAUGGUCCGCCCUCAGCGGGUAAUGGAGCCAGUGGAUUUCAAGACAGUUCUGUGGAAUAUUCUGGCUGAUAUGAAGGGUGCUUCUGUCUAAGCGCUGGCUGACCUCUGGAACAUCUGAAUAGAUUGGGCUGUUGACACGAUCGCUCCUGAGUGCCCAUUCCUGCUUCGUAGAGCCAUAUUGGUUCCCUGGGGGGGCACCACUUUGCAGUGGUUCCACUUCUACUUGGAUGGGGACUGCUCUUUGGCUCCAUGGAACCUUCAGUGGAUAUGCUGGGCUGUUGUCUUGCCUUGAUAAUGGACUAGAUGAGAGCCAACACACUCAAGCUCAAUCCAGAUAAGAAUGAGGCACUCUUAGUGCGUGGUUCCCUAGACAGGAUGGAUGGGAGGUUGCCUGCUCUUGAUGGGACUAUACUUCCUUGGAAGAAGUGUAUAAGCAACCUGGGGGUACUUCCGGAUCUUUUGCUGUCGCUUAGGACUCAGGUGGCCUCAGGGGUGUGGAGUGCUUUCUACCAGCUUUGGCUGGUAGCCCAGCUGCACCCAUAAUCUGGACAGUGAUAGUCUAACUACUGUUGUCUAUGCUUUGGUAACUUCUAGGUUAGAUUACUGCAAUGUUUUAUACGUAGGACUGCCUCUGAAGACAGUUCAGAAACUUUGGCUGGUGAGAAUUCGGUGGCCAGGUUCCUCACAGGGCAAGACAAUUUGAGCAUGUUACACCAAUCCUGGACCGACUGCACUGGCUGCCAGUUAGUUUCCAGGCCCAAUUCAAAGUGUUGGUUUCGAACUAUGAAGCUUUACAUGGCUCAGGAUCUCAAUACCUCAGGAACUACCUCUUCCCAAAGAACCUACUGGGAACCUGCGAUAAUCAUCACAGGCCCUUCUUGGUAUGCCUCCUCCAUGAGAGGUGCAGAGGGUGGCAGUAUGAGAAUGGGUCUUUUCUGCAGUGGCUCUCCCUUUGUUGGAUGCUCUCUCCAGGGAGGCUUACCUGGUGACUUUAUUAUACACUUUUAGGUGCCAGGCAAAAAAUUCUUCUUCAAUCAGAUCUUUGGCUGAUUAACAUCCUCUAUCCUUUUAAAUGUGUUAAUGGGUGUGUGUGUUAUAUUUUUGUUUAUGUUCUUGUUUUUAUUACGUAAUUUGUGUUUUUAUCUUGUAUUUUUCUGAGAUUUUUCUGAGAUCUUCAGGUUUACACUACAGAAGUUGAGAAAAGAUUGUAUUCUUGAUUAGGAAGAGUGCAGUUUAUAUUGGAUUUGAUAUAUUAUUUUGCUGCCAUUCUUGUUUAUGAAUGGAUUCUUGUAAGGCUUUGAGGUAUUUUAAAAGUUUCAAAAUGUAUUUUUGUACUCUGUCGUUUGAUCAUUUUUCUACACUGCAUUUGCCCACUUUGUGAGGAUAUUUUCUGAGAAAGUGGAAUACAAAUGUAUAAAAUAAAGAUAAAUGAAAUAAAUACUGUGUUUGUUGCCUUGAAUAUAGAAAACAGAUCGAGCCAAGAGAUUUGAAUUCCUGUUGAAGCAGACAGAACUCUUUGCACAUUUUAUUCAACCUGCGGCGCAGAAAUCACCAACGUCUCCCCUGAAAGUGAAACUUGGACGACCACGAAUGAAAAAGGAUGAAAAGCAGAGCUUACUUUCGGCUGGAGAGUAUGUCUUUUUAAUUUAAAUUACUGUUUGAUAUUAAAUGCUAUGUGUGUUUAAUGUAGUGCAUCUUUUAUAUGCAAACCUGUACAGGUAACUUGCAAUUUACAUGGGAGUUACAUUCCUGGCCAUCAAACAUAUAAGCAAAAUUGCCUAAAGCUAGAACACUCCCGGAAAACCAUAAAAACCCUAGAAAACCUAAAAACAGAGUAAGCCAUCAUGUCAGUGACUGUGACUUUGUGGUACAGCCUCAUUUUGCAAUGAACCUUUGCCAUAAUAUGCUCCUGGAAUGGAAGGAUGUUCUACUUGAGGCUCCCGGGGUAUCUCCUUGCCCAUGGCAACUGGACCACACCUACUAUGCAGAACCUGUCUCCUCUUGAUUUAGGUUUGCUGCUGGGGCGAGGAUCAUGGCUCGAGCCUUCAUUAAAAGGGGUCCUGUGGUCUAGCUUCUUAGGCUAGGGUGAAGCUGAUUAAGCUGAUAGUUUGGGCUCUGAUACCUUUGCUGCAGCCUGCUGCUUCCCCUGCCUGUCCCUGCAGCUUGGCUGCCUCAGGACUGUGUUAUUCUCCAGCUCUGUGCUGGACGAAUCAUGGCUUUUAUGCCUGACAAGGGUGUGGUGUGGUCUGAGAGAGUGAAAGUGCCAUCUCUUGAAGCUGAGAUGGCCAGCAAAUUCAGGCAUGGGGAGAAGAGAGCCAAUGAGGAUUUUUUUUUGCCCUUUACUGUUUUGGGAUUGUGCACUGCCACUAGGCCUACUUCCCUUCUUAGGCCCACAAAGAUCUACCCUCCAGUGAGAAGCACCUCUCUUUGGCCAAUCCUGGGUUUUUGUUUUCCAGUAGAAUUCGAGGUGCGGGGACUUAAUAGCGGGAGGAUACCCUCUUCAAGUAUGAACGCCCUCUGUGGUCAUAGAUCAGGCCCUGUUGGCCACAUUGAAGCAAACCAUGACCUCACUGGCCUUUGCAAUAUCUGCCUCAUGGCCUUGUUCUUUGCCCUAGUGGAGAGGAGAGAUAAAGCCACUGCUGAGGAUGGUUUUUGCUUUGCUGGUCUUGGCAUCCAGGAGGCUCCUCAAGCCUCCGUGCCUCCUCAGCAUGGCUUUGAUGCAUGGCUUGAAGAAUUGUCCAAGAUAGUUGAAUUCAGCAGCUCUAGAGAGGGGAAAAGAUGGUAGGCAUAAUGUCCUGACACUGGUCUAAAUUCAUCCUCCUUUCCUGUCCCAUGAAUGAAGAGUAGCCCCAAAAGGAAGGGAAGAGAGAAAAGAAGGGCUACCAAAAGUGUGAGGAAAUGGCUGAUUGAGUAGGCAGGAAGGAACUGGGGCAGGGGCUGUCCCACCCCUUAAUGAACAUGUUUCAUAUUCUCAUAGUCCUUCCUUGUGGAGUGAGUUAGAGGAGCAACUUAUUUGAGAUUCCUUGCUCUACUACAGGAAAAAAGGCAGGGCUUUUGUGGUAUACAAAAAGGUCCUUGUGGAAAGCACAUCAUAGGUUUGACUAGUUUCUUCAUUUUUUCUUCAGUUAUCGCCAUAGGCGCACAGAGCAAGAGGAGGAUGAAGAGCUGCUUUCAGAAAGUCGAAAAACCUCAAAUGUGUGUAUUAGAUUUGAGGAAUCGCCUUCGUGUGAGUAUAUUUAUUAAAAUCUUUUUCCAUUUUCUUAAACGAGUUAGGAAAUAAUAGUAUAAUCAAGCAUAUAGAUAAAAAGUCACAUUUUAUGUGCUUUGCAGAUGUUAAAGGAGGAACGUUACGAGACUAUCAGGUUAGGGGGUUGAACUGGAUGAUCUCCCUUUACGAAAAUGGCGUGAACGGCAUUUUGGCAGAUGAAAUGGUAAAAAGCUUUCUUUCUGGAGUACAUCUUUGGGGUGGAAGUGAAGUGUAUAUCUCUUGGAAGAAGACAAUUCUCAAAGCAGAAAAAAAUGGUUUUAAAUAAAAAUGUAAUUCUCAUUGAAGUCAGUGGCCAUAAGCCAGAUGUGGACCUCCAAUGAUGUCUCCCUUGUCAAAUCCUCAAACUACUUUUUAAACUCUCAUGAAUUUAAAGAACAGUUUUAGACUGGAGUCCACAUUUCCUAUGCUCUAAGUAAUCCAGGUGGUUUUAGUACAACUUUGAGAAUAAGUCUCUUCAGCGUACUUAGCCCAUAAUUAUUAGCUAAUUGGAGAAUAUUUGGAGUAAGAUUUUAAAUCCAUUGUCUUCAGAUAUCAUACAGCUAUUACUAAAAGCAAUGGUGUUUUUUAUUAUCUUUGUGAUUCUGAUAAGCUAUGAUUCCUAAUAAGCUAGUCAGAUGAAAUUGGCUAGAAGAAUGUGACUCCCUGAUGGCAUUCAUGGAAGAACAAAUUUAUACUGUCAUAUGUCCAUGUUAGUCAUUUGUGGUGCCUGAUUGGGGAGACAGGAAAGAAGAACCAAUUGACCCUCAGUUUACUUGAGCUUUCUGUCUGGUUGCCUCUACAUGAUUGUUGCUUGCCCCAGGUAAUGAAAGUACCGUAUUUUUUGCUCUAUAAGACUCACUUUUUCCCUCCUAAAAAGUAAGGGGAAAUGUGUGUGCGUCUUAUGGAGCGAAUGCAGGCUGCACAGCUAUCCCAGAAUCCAGAACAGCAAGAGGGAUUGCUGCUUUCACUGCGUAGCGAUCCCUCUUGCUGUUCUGGCUUCUGAGAUUCAGAAUAUUUUUUUUCUUGUUUUCCUCCUCCAAAAACCAGGUGCGUCUUGUGGUCUGGUGCGUCUUAUAGAGCGAAAAAUACGGUAAUUAAUGGCUGCUAAGAUGACAACUAUAAACAAAUGGUUGCGAACUGUUCCCAACCCUUAUUGAAAUAAAUAGUAAAUGUCCCAUUCAUUUUCUUAGUUGUGAAUUGUGCUGCCAGUUAAGGCAUAAUGAUCUUGGUCUAAUAAAUCAUGGUUUAUUUGAUCAAGAGUGUUGUAUUAUGAGCACCACAAUACAUUGCUUUUGGAGUUCGUUAAGCAACACUUUCCCAUAACAUCUGAACUGGGAAACUGGUUUAUUAAUCUUGAACUACAGACCAGGAUCUGAUCAUGGUUUUGUUUUAUUUUUAUAGUUCAGGGUUAAUAAACCAAAGUUUCCUGGUUCAGAUGAAAUGGGAAACUAUGGCUUAACAAACUGCAGAAUUAAUACUGUUGUGGCAUAGAAGACGAGAGAAGGCAGCACAAUGCUUGCUCUCUCUGACAAACCAUGAUGUGCUAGAUGAAGAUCACUAUGUCUAAACUGACGUAUUAUUGACCCAGCUCAUGAAAGAUUUCUCAUGGGUUCAUUGACAGCAGGUCUGUUGAACUUUGGUGGAAAUAGAAUUCAGUAUGGUGACAGAGGAGAUAAGUAUCACAACGUGCCUGCCAUUAGCAUUUCCUAGUAUUAUGUGGGCAUUUUCUCUUCAGUAUGUAGAAAAUUUACUGAACUCAGAGAGUCAAGGAAUAACAAUUGUGUGUAAUUCAAAGAAAAGAUGCAUAAUGCAUAGCAGUAGUACAGACUGAGACUCAAAUAUUCAGUUGUAACAUAGCUAAGAGCAAAAUGUAAUUAAAAAAUUCAUUCUCUGUAAUAAUUCAUGCAUAUUGCAGAGGAAUGCUUAUGAGAAGCUGUAGUUUUAUUAUCUCAAAACAAACUCUAACCAGAGUUGUAAUUUGCAUAUUGCAAUAUAUUGAAAUUAUGGCAGAUUUCUAUUCCAUAAAUUGUACCAUGUCCGUAAACUUUUCUGCUCAUUAUUAUAAAUGGAAAUCAGUUCAGUGCUGCUAACAAUGAUGCAUAAGUUUAAAUAAUUUUUAAUACUAUUGUAGGGUCUAGGAAAGACUCUGCAAACAAUUGCAUUGCUGGGCUAUCUGAAACAUUACCGAAACAUUCCUGGCCCACACAUGGUUCUGGUUCCCAAAUCGACUUUGCACAACUGGAUGAAUGAAUUUAAACGCUGGGUUCCAUCUCUACGUGCCGUUUGUCUCAUUGGAGACAAGGAUGCCAGGGUAAGUGAUCACUAUGUAAAGAAGUGACUUGCUUUUCAAGUUGGGAGUGUAAUGCCUUUCCCCCAUUGCAUUUGUAUAGCAUCAUAAUUGUGCACAGCAGUUUACAGGUUAAACCACACAUCACUAAUGUUCUUAUUGUUUUACUAUGAUUUUGUUUUUUAACUUUUUAUCAAAUUUUGCAUGGCUGUGUUGUUUAUUCUUGCUAGCCACCUCAGACUCCAUUUGGAGAAGGGGUGGGAUAUAAAAGUUUUGUAUGUAUUAAUGAAUGACAUACUUCAUUUUAAGAUGCAUAUGUCACACCAAGGUUCAUCUGAGAAGAGGCAUUCACUUAUCCCUCCCUCCUUUAUUUUUAAAAAUAUAUUUAUCCUCAUUGAUUUUGAUUUAUUUAUUUUUUUAAUGAUAUUUAUUAAGGUUUCCAAAAAAAAAAAAAGUUACAUAUAUAAGAAAAAGAAAAAUAGAAAAAAGAAAAAAUACAAAAUACAGAAAAAAUAAAAGAGACUUAAAAAACAAAUCAAUCUUUCCAUGCCUUACAUUUCAUUUACUUGUUUCCCUGACCUCCUCACGCCUCCCUUUUUUGUAUUCCAGUUCAGUUAAUUAAUUCAGCAAUUCCUUUCCCUCUUUGUUUUUAUCUUAAUCCUUUAACUUAAUAUAUUAUAGCUUUAGGUUCUCACCUGUUAACAAUCCAUUUUUACAUACACCUUUAUAACAUUGCUGCUAAAACCACUUAACUUCAUUCUGACAUCAUUCUAACAUUCAUUAAUUUUACAGUAUUUCUGUAAAUAGUCUUUAAAUUUCUUCCAAUCUUCUUCCACCGACUCUUCUCCCUGGUCUCGGAUUCUGCCAGUCAUUUCCGCCAAUUCCAUGUAGUCUAUCACCUUCAUCUGCCAUUCUUCCAGAGUGGGUAGAUCUUGUGUCUUCCAAUACUUUGCAAUAAGUAUUCUUGCUGCUGUUGUGGCAUACAUAAAGAAAGUUCUGUCCUUCUUUGGCACCAUUUGGCCGACCAUGCCCAGGAGAAAGGCCUCUGGUUUCUUCAGAAAGGUAUAUUUAAAUACCCUUUUCAUUUCAUUAUAAAUCAUCUCCCAGAAAGCCUUAAUCCUUGGGCACGUCCACCAAAGGUGAAAGAAUGUACCUUCGGUUUCUUUACAUUUCCAACAUUUAUUAUCGGGCAAAUGAUAGAUUUUUGCAAGCUUGACUGGUGUCAUGUACCACCUGUAUAUCAUUUUCAUAAUAUUCUCUCUUAAGGCAUUACAUGCCGUAAACUUCAUACCUGUGGUCCAUAACUGUUCCCAGUCAGCCAUCAUUAUAUUAUGUCCAACAUCUUGUGCCCAUUUAAUCAUAGCAGAUUUCACCGUUUCAUCCUGAGUAUUCCAUUUCAACAGCAAGUUAUACAUCUUUGACAAAAUCUUGGUUUUGGGUUCUAACAGUUCUGUUUCCAAUUUUGAUUUUUCCACCUGGAAGCCAAUUUUCUUGUCCAAAUUAUAUGCCUCCAUUAUCUGAUAAUAAUGAAGCCAAUCUCGCACUUUAUUUUUUAGUUUUUCAAAACUCUGCAAUUUCAAUCUGUCUCCCUCUUGUUCCAAAAUUUCCCAAUAUUUCGGCCAUUUGGCCUCCAUAUUGAGCUUUUUCUGAGCCUUCGCUUCCAUCGGUGACAACCACCUUGGGGUUUUAUUUUCAAGUAGGUCCUUGUAUCUUAUCCAGACAUUAAACAAUGCUUUCCUGACAAUAUGAUUUUUAAAUGCUUUAUGUGCUUUGACCUUAUCAUACCACAAAUAUGCAUGCCAUCCAAAUACAUUAUUAAAACCUUCUAAAUCCAAAAUGUCUGUGUUUUCAAGAAGUAGCCACUCUUUCAGCCAGCAAAAAGCUGCUGAUUCAUAAUAAAGUUUAAGGUCUGGCAGGGCAAAUCCACCUCUUUCCUUUGCAUCCGUUAGUAUUUUAAAUUUUAUUCUAGGCUUCUUGCCCUGCCAGACAAAUCUAGAAAUAGCUCUCUGCCACUUCUUGAAGCAAUCCAUUUUAUCCAAAAUUUGCAAUGUUUGAAACAGAAACAACAUUCUAGGCAAUACAUUCAUUUUUAUCGCAGCAAUACGGCCUAGCAGUGAAAGCUUCAAAUUUGACCAGAUUUCUAAAUCUUUUUCACUUCAGUCCAGCAUUUUUCAUAAUUGUCUUUAAAUAGAUUCCCAUUUUUAGCUGUCAUGUUAAUCCCCAGGUAUUUCACUUUCUUAACCACUGUUAAACCUGUCUCAUUCUGAAACCUCUCUCUCUCAAUCGCUGUUAAAUUUUUCUCUAAGACCUUUGUUUUUGACUUAUUCAGUUUAAAUCCUGCAACCUGACCAAAUUCUUGAAUCAGUUCCAAAACUCUUUUGGUACUAGAUUCUGGCUCCUGUAAUGUCAGUACUAAGUCAUCUGCAAAUGCUCUCAAUUUGUACUGUUUGGCUCCGACUUGUAUACCUUUAACCAAUUGGUCCCUUCUAAUCAUGUUCAGCAGGACCUCCAGGACCGAUAUAAAAAGCAAUGGGGAGAUUGGGCAACCUUGUCGUGUCCCUUUUUCUAUCUUAAAUUUCUCCGUCACCACGUUAUUAACAAUUAAUUUAGCCUUUUGUUCUGAAUAAAUUGCACUUAUACCGUUUCCAAAGCCUUGGCCUACCCCCAUCCCCUGUAGAUUCUUCUUCAUGAAACUCCAAGAAAUGUUGUCAAAAGCUUUCUCCGCGUCCACAAAUAUCAAAACUGCCUUGGUGUUAAUAUUCACUUGUAAUUUUUCUAAAAUAUUGAUUAUGUUUCUCAUAUUAUCAGACAAGUGUCUACCCGGGAGAAAGCCUGCUUGAUCUUUAUGAAUCUCUUCCACUAACACUUUUUUUAGUCAUUUAGCCAAAAUGUCUGCAAAGAUUUUAUAAUCCACAUUAAGCAGUGAUAUGGGGCGGUAGUCCUUAAGCUGCGUCUUUUCAGUCUCUGUCUUCGGUACAAGUGUAAUAUACGCUUCUUUCCACGACUCUGGUGCCCUUUUCCCAUCCAUUAUUUCGUUGCAGACUUCCUUUAAAGGUUCUACUAAUCAUUCUCUUAAAGAUCUGUAGUAUCUAGAAGUCAGUCCAUCCGGUCCUGGAGAUUUACCUAAUUGCAUAUUCUGGAUGGCACCUUCUACCUCCUGUUCAGUUAUUUUAUAGUUCAGCAUUAAUUUAUUUUCUGGAGAGAUUUUUUGUAAUCCAUUUAUUUUCAAAAAUCGGUCUACAUCAAUUUCUUUCUGUGGCCCUUGUGUAUAUAGUUGCUUAAAAUACCUCUGGAAACAGUUUCUAAUCUCAACUGGGUUCUGUAUGUUCUUUCCUUCCACUUCUAAAUUUAUAAUAGUAUUUAGUUUUUGUCUUUUUUUCAUUUGCCAAGCCAACAAUUUUCCACAUUUAUUAGCCGACUCAAAUGUCUUUUGUCUCAUUUGUUUAAUUUUCCAUUCUAUCAUUUCUCUCAAGAUCUCUUGCGACUUUGGUUUUGCUCUAAAUUUCUUUUCACUUUCCUUUAUUUUCUCCAAUAUUUUAUCCUUCUUCUCAUUUUGAAUUCUCUUCUUUAUUGCAUUCUGUUGUAUCAAGAACCCUCUCAUAACAGCUUUGCUUGCGUCCCAGAUUACUCUUUUUUCAACAUUGGUGUUCAUAUUUGUCUCAAAAUAGUCUCUCAAGGUUUUUUGGGCCUUCUUAGUCACUUCUUCAUCUCUAAAUAAGGUGUCAUUCAUCCUCCAUCUGAAGGAGCCAGUUGGUGUUAGUUUCAUCUCCAUCUUCACAGCAUUGUGGUCGGAGCAGGUUUUUGGGCAAAUUUCCACUUUUCUUGUCUUUGGUGCCAUUCCUCUAGUUACCCAUAUUUUGUCAAUUCUUGUCCAAGUCAUUUUUUUUUUUAUUUUGAUCAUGAUUUUGAUUUAUUUACUGGGGGGGGGGGUGAGUCAUCAUAUUAGCCUUUAUGGAACUUGAUUUCCUCCCCACCUUCCAUUUCUUCUUCAUUUUUGUGAAAUGCUUUCCCCUUAUAACUAGUAUAUGGUUGCAGGAGCAGCUUCCAAAUGAGUUAGGUGGCCCUAUUCAGCUUACCUGUCUAGAAGUGUUUACCAUGUUCAUUUUUAUUAGGCUGCUUUUAUCCGCGAUGUUAUGAUGCCUGGAGAGUGGGAUGUGUGUGUUACCUCCUAUGAAAUGGUAAUUAAAGAGAAGUCUGUUUUCAAAAAAUUCAACUGGAGGUAUCUGGUGAUUGAUGAAGCCCACCGAAUCAAGAAUGAAAAAUCAAAGGUGAGCCUCAGUUUUAUUUCUGUAGAUACCUAGAGAAAUACUACAGAAUACUAGGAUAGUGGAAAAAUCUGGUAACUCUUGAAUGGAAGGAUAACUUUUUGUACAUUUUGAGAAAAUAGGAAGCAAUAGGAAGUUAAAAAAGAAUUCCUUUCAAAAUGGCAGGCAGGGGAAAAAAUGAAGAAUUUAAAACACUAACUGUUACAUCUGAACUAUUAAUAAUGCUUGUAAUUAUUAUGUUAGGUUAUGGGAGUUUGGAGCUUCAUUUUGAAAUACUUUGUAUGUACUUUCAUUUGUAAAAAAUGUAUCCUGGAGUAUGGUAGUAAUGAAGUAGUAAUAAGUGCUCUUCUACAAAAUUUCCUAGCUCUCUGAAAUUGUUCGAGAGUUCAAGACAACAAAUCGGUUGCUAUUAACAGGAACUCCCUUACAGAAUAAUCUUCAUGAACUAUGGGCAUUGCUCAAUUUCCUUUUGCCUGAUGUCUUCAAUUCUGCAGAGGUGAGAUUGUACAUUAUGUUAAAGUCCUAUUUUUUUGUUUUUGCACACUUUAUAUGGUAACCUAACUUUUGCCAAUAACUUAAGUUGUCUUUAUAUCAUAUUAUAAUGGUUUACAUUCUUAAGAGAAGGUAAAUGAAUAGAGAGGGAAGUUAAGGAAAAAAUUAUGUAGCAGAUUCUUAAUACAGUGGUACCUAUGGUUGCGAACAUGAUCCGUUCUGGAGGCCUGUUUGCAACAUGAAAAGAGUGCAACCUGCAGUGGAGCAUCUGUGCACAGGCGGGUUGUGAUUCCCCGCUUCUGUGCAUGCGCGUGAUGUCAUUUUGCGCUUGUGCGCAUGCGCGAACGGCGAAACGCGGAAGUAUCCCUUUGCGGUACUUCCGGGUCUUUGUGGGUCAUAACCUGAAAGAAUGUAAUAGGAAGUGGAUGUAACAUGAGGUAUGACGGUACUGUUACAUAGUGAAGUUGCAUAAUGAGGAAUUGAAAUGGUCACUGUGGGUAGAGGACAUUUUACAGGAGGAGAGGGACUAAAUCGUCAUUGCAUCUUUCAGAUGCAAGUAUUAGUUUAUAGUAUUGGUAGAAUUAGUUUAUAGUAUUGAUGUAUCUGAACUGCAUUGUUUCAUAUUGACUUAGCUUUUAGUCAGUGUAUUCUACGCGAGCAUUUGAAGGGAGGGGUAGGUGGAACUGCUUUGAGAAGUUGGUUCAGCCACUUUGGGCCACAUUUUAAGGUGGAUCUGCACAUUAUAUGAGACACAGGGAUGCUUUUCACAAUUUGUAACAUUUGCUUGUGCCUGUUCACGUACUCCCCCCUGCUAGUGAUGCACAUCUGUGGCAGAAAUAUAAUAAUGUCAGGGCAUAGGUAUGCUUUACUAGAUGUUAAAGAAGGGAAGAACUUGACACACUGUUUCCAGUGGACAGCUUCGUUUCUAGUUUACUAAAAUUUCCCCUUGAGUUUUGAAAGUACAAACACAGUAACAACAAACACAGUAACAACAACAUAAUUUUUACAGGACUUUGAUUCAUGGUUUGACACUAAAAAUUGCCUUGGUGAUCAAAAACUUGUAGAGAGACUUCACGCGGUAAGUAUGGCAAUUCUGCUUUCUGAAAUAAAUUUAAUUUCUCUUCCAUUGUAUUGUACGAAUGGUAUAUGAUUCUUACCGUAACAUCCUAAUGUACGUUUCUGAGAAAUGAAGGCUAUGUGUUGUGUAUAUUGUGAUGUGAUAUAAGACAGAAUUUGUAGAAUUCUGGUGAAGCAGUCAUUUGUUUACUACUUAUUAACAUGACUAUUUAUGUGUGCCUUUGUGUCUUUUCCCAACAGAAACAAAGCAUUCAGUUAUUUAUACUAUACACUCAGUAAAUGUAUUUAGAAUGAGGUGCAUCUUGAAACUUCCCUUUCACAAUUUGUGAUACCAAGGUCUGUAGGAUAUACAUUCUGUGUAAGGGGGUCCUAGUUGCUCCUGUUGGUCCUAGAAACACCAUAAGAAAUGGUCAUGUAUUCUGCAUGUUCUCCUACCCGAAGUAGCCUCAAAAAAUUAGGAUUAGGAAAAGGCAUCAUAAGAGCAGUAUAAGAAGUCUAGGACACUGGCAAAACAAAUACUUGAAAUGCUGACUUGUAGCAAUGUGUAAAAUGUGUUGAUGUGUUGAUUUUUAGGUUUUGAAGCCAUUUUUGUUACGGCGUAUAAAAGCUGAGGUGGAGAAGAGCUUGCCUCCUAAAAAAGAAGUAAAAAUUUAUCUAGGACUCAGCAAAAUGCAGAGGGAAUGGUAAAAUUCUUUUUUAAAAUUUAAUUUAAAAUCAGUCUAUUAUACUGGCCUAACAUAGUGACUAUAACAUAUUAACAGUAAAGACCCGCUUCAAACCUACAUAUGAUUUAAGCUACACAUUCAUUAAAUUGCCUUGGGCAAGCUACCACAUCUCAGUCCCAACCCUGCACCUUAGUCUGUAAUAGAGAAAUAAUAGUACUGACCUACCUUACAGUACUAUAGUAAAUAUUACUGAGACAAUGUAUGUGAAGCACUUUGUACACUUGAAAUGUACUAUAUAAAUGCUAAGUAUUAUAAUCCAUACAGGUAUCUAUGUAGAUGAAAAAUAAAACCAAUUCCCUAUGUUCUGUUUGUGUUUUAUACUGUGAGCUGUCACCUCAGAGAAACAGAAGACAGAAACUUGGUUUCAGGAUGAGAUGAAGCAAGGCCAUUCUACAUGGUGUGAACCUUAGGUAUAAAAACAAUUUUUCCUCAGUUCCAACAUGGAACUAAGGAAAUUUGUAUACAGAGAAUGAGUGGAAUGGUGUCAGAGAUGCAGUCCCUUCCCUGUAAGCCAGGAAUUGGCUUGCAGGUGUGUGAUGAAGGAGGCAGCAUAUAUUUUGGUUACCACUUUAGUAUCCAGAUUCAGUAGCUUUGGGCAGGAUGUUGUGUUUGAGCUAAGCUGGACAUGGGUAUUUGUGUUUCACUAUGGUGGUGUAGCAGGGCUUCCUGCCCAUGCUUGGCCCAUGGUAGCACUUCAGGAUAAACUCAACUGGGGGCUUCAGAAUGUGCAGAAACUUGUCCCAUUGUUUUCCUAUCUUUCUCCUAGUCUGUGCUUGGAGUGGCCUCCCUGUCUCCAACCACUGUCAAAUCUGAUGGGUGUGCAGCUAGUGCUAAUGAAUCUUUGUUAGAAUCAUAUUUUGCAGAAAAAUAAAAUAAUAUUAGAGACGCAAACCACAUUUAAAUAAAUGCCAGUUGCCACUGUGUAAAUGUGUAAAGCACUGGGAUUUAGAUGCCUUCAUAUUUGUAUGCUUUUGUACGUCCAAGGACAAAGAGUUGUUUUUAAAUUGUCCAAUAACCUUUUAGGUAUACCAAGAUCCUAAUGAAAGAUAUUGAUAUCUUAAAUUCGGCUGGAAAAAUGGAUAAGAUGCGGCUGUUGAACAUUCUGAUGCAGCUGCGGAAGUGCUGUAAUCACCCAUACCUCUUUGAUGGUGCCGAGCCUGGCCCACCCUAUACCACUGAUACUCAUCUUGUGACCAACAGUGGCAAAAUGGUUGCUCUGGAUAAAUUACUAUCAAAACUCAAAGAGCAGGGUAAGAAGGGCUUGUUAUGAGUCACUGUUCAUUUAGAAAUGUAUUUAGUCAUUGUGGCAUGACCAAGAAAACAGAACCCUGGGUGAAACUAUGAGGGAAAGAAAUUUUAAGGUUCUCUGGUAGAUCCCACUGAAUGAAAAGGGGCAAAUGGGAUGCAUUUCUGGAUGCAGCCUAGAUGGGGAAAAACCUGGGGUCAACUGGGGAAGAGUGCAGAUUUAGUUCCCACUGCAGGUGGGUCUAUGAAUUUAUCCCUUUUAAUUCAUCCAUCUAUUCAUAUGGCAAAGAAUACAGUGCCUAAAAAUGGGGACCUUAAAGUAAUGUAUUGGGAACAAACCCUGCCAUUCCUCUUGUAGAAGACCUGGCCUUCAGCAGGGCAGCCCAAGGUGAUGUGCAAUAUGUCUGUGUUCUGCAGAGGCACAUAUUGCACCUACCCAGGGUUCCACAUCUUAGCCAAAUAGAUGUGUACAAAGUGGUAUUUUAAAUGGACGAAAAGUAGUGGGUUGCAAUUAUCAGGAUCCAAAAUUGAGAAGGCCAGUUGUUACUGCUGUAGACCUUUGGGGUGGAAUUCCUGAGAUUAGGGAGAUGCCAGUGAAGCAGAAGACAUCAGAUUGGAAUGGGGAAAGCCAGUUUUUAGUAUGGGGAAGGGACUUAGGAACUGAGAGAAAGUUAUAGAGGGGAAGGAGCAGUACCAGAAGCUGUAGAAGAAAGGAUAGAGUAAAAUGGAGAGACAGUGUAUGGGACAGAGAACACACUUUUAUUUAAUAUAAGUGUAAGUUCAGCAGUGUGAUGAAUUGUAUUCUUAUAACUUAUUUGUCUCUCAGGUUCCAGAGUUCUCAUUUUUAGCCAAAUGACCCGUCUGCUGGAUAUACUGGAAGAUUAUUGUAUGUGGCGGGGCUAUGAGUAUUGUCGAUUAGAUGGGCAAACACCGCACGAAGAGAGAGAGGUGAGAAGGAUUUAUGUAGCUCAUUGGAUUUUCAUUCCAUUCUAUCCUAGAGGCAUGUUGGAGCCUUGACAGUAGCUGUCCAGUUGCUCUUAUACGGUGGCUAGUCAUUUCUCUGUUGGCAUUUUAGCUUCCCUGAGUGCUAUCUUGCUAAAUAAGGAUUUCUUUUAUGGCAUGCCUUAUAAACAGGGAUUGAUCUAGGGUUAUUAAAUGGUCCUUUGAGUUUCUUUCAUAUCACUCAGUCUUCUAAUUUGUGUUUAAACAGUCAAGUGAAAGGUGCAUUUACACAGUACCUGUGAGGAAUAAGCAUUUAGAAGGUUAUCUGUGAUUCAUUGGUUCAGGGGGCCUUGUGGUACUAGUGAAGUUGAAGGAAAUUAUUUUGAUUCACGGUGAUCUUACUUUGUCCAUAUUUAGCCCAACAUCUUUUGCAGGGAAAAUAAGCAACUUUUGCAAUUUUAAUACCCCAUAAACAGGUUAUUUUCAUGAAAUCCCCACAAUUUUAAAUUGUUUUCCCUUUAUAGGAAGCAAUAGACACCUUUAAUGCUCCCAACAGCAGAAAGUUUAUUUUUAUGCUGAGUACAAGAGCUGGAGGCCUGGGGAUUAAUUUAGCAACAGCUGAUGUUGUUAUCCUCUAUGACUCUGACUGGAACCCACAAGUCGAUCUACAAGCAAUGGUGAGUACUCUUGGUAUGUCUCAUGCAAAGCUAGAGUUCCUACUGUAGUGACAACAGGAUAGUUAGAACUGAUAGGCUGUGCCUGUGGAGCUGAGAGGCAGGCUUAGAGCAAUCUUUUAGAGAGCCAAGAGCCUAGGAAGCUGGCUUUGGCUUGCUUCAUGUGUAAUAACAAACAGGUGUGGGUGAAUAUAAGAGGAAGGGGGAGCACCUGGGCCUCUCUUUCAUAAUACCAAAUCAUGGUUGGUGUUAAAAUCAUAAAAUCAUAGUUGGAAGGGAACCUGAGGAUCAUCUAGUCCAACCCCCUGCAAUGCAGGAAUAUGCAGCUGUCCCUUAGGAGAUCGAACCUGCGACAUUGGUGUCAUCAGCACCACAUUAUAGGUAUGAAUAGGACCUGCAGCUGUGAGGCCAUAACAACUGCAGGGAUCUAGGGAAGAAAUGUCCAAUUUGUUCCCUGUUAAGAGGGGGAGUAGCUGUCUAUUCAGUUGUGGUAGAUUUGGCAGUGGGCUGGGGAAUUUAUCCCAAGGAGCUAUUCAAGAGUUAAAGGAUGAAGUGGAGUCUUAGUAUGAGUGGACUGGAAGGCACUGGGUUAGGGAGGGAUGUGGAAGUGGUGACUUUGAAUAUGCCUGUAAACAGGAUCAAGGACUCCCCAUCACUUUUGUGGCAAUUAACCACUCCAACCAAAUAAUUUCCAAUGUCUUGUGUUAGAUUUGGGGAGAUCUUUUCCUACUGGUGGAUCACCUGUAGGAUUGAUUCACCAGAAAGGAAUCCUGAUAGGCUUCUUCUAGUCAGGUUGAAUCUCCCAACAUACCCUAGACUGUCCAGUUUCUAACUCCUACAGACAAGGACCCUCCCUUCAGUCCAUCUCUAGAGAAAAAUAAAUGGGCACUUUACUUUCACUUUUCCAAAGGCCAGAGGACACCAAAUCUUUACAGAGCCUUGUGAACUCUCCUUAGAAUACAAAGGUAGUUAGAUAACUAUGUAGUCUAGAACACAGGGACAAUUUUAGUGAGAAAUUCAGUAGAAAUCCCUUUGAAGUCAGCUGUCAGUGUAUGGAAAGGGGAAAGGAAGAAAAAGUAGGGGAAGGGAAACACAUUUAAAAUCAAAUCAAAAUCAGUCUAGCUUAGCUUGCUGCAUUUUACCUGCUGGAGUAGAGUCUUGGUUUUCAGAGCUUGUGCAAAAUUCCUUGCAGGAAAGAGAUUCUGAGAGUGUAAGAGCAUCUUUGGUCACCUGCUUGGAUGUUUCCAAGGUGACUAAAAACUGGGUGAUUCUUCACAUAUUUAUGGGAGUGAGAUUGGUAAAAGCUGACCCUUUACUGGAAGCAGAUUAUAGUUUUGCCCAGUGGUAAGGGAGGCCUUGAAGAGACUGAGUCCAUGUCCUUAAUGAUUCUAGACUUCAGUUACAAACAAAUGAAUUAGACUAGUUGACUAGUGUGAAAAAAGGGAUUAGCUGUCUAUUCACCAGGUUUAUUCAGGAGUUUAAGGGUGAAGGGGUCAAAUGUCACAUGCAUAAAGUGAUGCUACUAGUCUGCAUCUCAAUAUAGGGGGUCUGUCAAAUGCUAAUAGAAAGAACAUAGGUACACGUAGAAGUGCCAGUGCAGUGCAGCACAUUGUCACACUGAUGCAUUUGGGCAUAGCCACAUUGCACAGACCCGAAAGAGAACAGUUAACAGAAUAUUUCUGAAUGUGGAUAAUGCAGCAGUUGUUAGGCCUUUGUUGACUAGGAAAUCAAUUUUUUUUUAAAAAAAAAUGGAUAUCUAUAUUCACUUUUCUGCUUUUUUUAAGCAUUCAGGCUGUUGUAUUUCCUCUAAAAUCAUAACAAAAUAACAAAUAAAUAAUUAAAUAUUAAAACAGAAGCACAUAGAAGCCAAUCAUUUGGGAGAGCUAAAACACUAUUAACAAUCUGAGAUAGUAGUGGGGAACAUGUUGGCCAUCAGAUGUUGUUGGACUCCCAGCACCCAUCAGCUUCUGCCAGGAUAUGGGACUAUGGGUGUUGCAGCCCAGUAAAUAUCUUUUGGAAGGCUACCUGUUUCCCAUGCUUCAGCUAAGCUGAAGACCUGCUGAAAAAGCAAAAGUUUAAAGGUGGUAUCUCAUGCUGUUAAAGAAAAAAAUAAGUAGAUUUUGCAAAUGGCUUGCCCCAGUUCAAGUCUUGGUGCAGCUGCUGCCGUUAAAAUGAAUUGAGAAAAAGAGAAAACAGAAUAACAAGCUGCUUAUGUUAAUACAUGCCAGCUUUGAAGGACUUCUAAAAAUAGGGUAAACAAUUAAAAUAAACAACAAUGAAAAAUAUUUUCAUUUGUGCUAACCUUAAUAAUUACAGGGCAGUGUGUGGUUUUUUUUUCUGCUGUCAGAAUUUCAAUUACAGAUGUGCCAGGAUGCUUUUAUUUAAAUUUGCUAUUUUUGUGAUUUAGGAUCGAGCACAUCGUAUUGGUCAAAAGAAGCGAGUUCGAGUAUUCCGACUUAUCACAGACAACACUGUUGAAGAGAGAAUUGUAGAGAGAGCUGAGAUAAAACUGAGGCUAGACUCAAUAGUUAUACAGCAAGGUACUGCAUAAUAUUUAACUGUUAGUGGCUAAAUAGUCGCUCACCUGGGGCUCCGGGUGGGCGGCAUUUGCCGCAUGGCAUGGCCGCGGCUGGUCCGGGGAGCCUGUCACCUUCCUACAUGGCCGGGGGAGGGGAUGGUCACCUGGUGCCACCCCCCUCCGGCUGCAAUGGACCUCCAGGUAGGGGUGGUCAGUGCCUGCAAGGCCCAUCAAGGGGAAGAGCAUGGGGGCUGAGCCCAACCUGCCCCUGGCAUAUUUAUGGGAGCGGCCAGGUGCAGGCCACCCUCUUUGUAGAUUGACACAAGAUUUUCCCACCCACUCAGACUGUUAAGGGAUUGUCCAUUGGGGAAAACGGGCAAGUUGACAUAUGGAGCUUGCUAUGAGUUAUGCGGUUGCCAUAUUCGGGGAUAGGGAGGAAUUUUCUCCUACAAACGAAUUGGCCAGCUUGCAGGUUUUUGCCUACCUCAUAGCACCCGUCACAACUUUGGUGGAUAAAGCAUUGGGUGAGUUCUUUGUUUCAAGGGAACCCAGUUAGAGGGGUCCAAGAGGAGUGACUGUCUGGGAGUCCACAGGGAGACAAAUGGGCCAAUUCAACUUUCCCAAUGGCAGCCUGUGCAGUGUCAUGGCACCCAAUCCGUGUUGGGGGCGACAGCAGCACAAGGUCGACCUCACUGAGUUCCUAUCAGGUAGCAGGCAGGCUGCCUGUUGCUGGAUACAUGCCCAUUGCCAUAGCCAAACCUACUCCUUUCCUGUAAUCAAUAAAGUUGUGGCAUAAUUCAACUCAAUACCAGUCUACUGUGUCCAUUCUGGAGGCCCUCCCUGCACCGGCCGCGGUCUUCAUGUGCCUGAGGCGGCAAAUGUUUGUCAUGAAAAGGAAUAGAUAGUUAGAUAGAUAUUCUAGUAGAGUGUUUUGCAAUGCACCUAGGAAACCCAGCUUUUAAAUUUUUUUGCUGGGCAAGCCGCUAUCUGAUCAUCUCUGUUUCGUGUCAUAAAAAAGAGUCACAGUGCCAGUUGUCAUCCCACACACAAUUAUUUUGGAGAAAUGAGUGAGUUGUUAUACAAACAAAAAGCAAUUAUUUAAGAUAAAAUCAGGCUCUUUCGUAGCAAGGAUAUUUCAGCAUAGAUAAUUAUUGGCCACUCUUUACUCAUUCACGCAGAAGACCUUCAAAACCAACAGGCCUUUUAUGGUUAGGAUAUGUAAAGUGUUACUCUAAACAUUGACUUAAUGUUAGCAAAGAUUAAUUUUGUAAAGCAGAUUAGAAUUUAGCUUUCAGCUGGUGAAAGCUCUAUUGAAGUAGUUGAAACUUUGUGACUAUGAAACAUUAUGUAGGUCAGGCAUCCCAUUUGUUAUCAAGUUUUUUUAAAAAAGAAAUAAAAUAUAUAAAUGCUGGGUGGGCAACAUAAAACUCAUAAGCCAUACAUAAGCUCAAGGGAUUUUUCUGCAGUCUGCAACAUCUUUGUUAGAAUGUCAGCUUUUGGAUGCUCUAGGCACUUAAGGAUUCCAGGGGGAUGUUCUAAAAAUACUGUGUGAAAUAAUUGGGAUUGGAAACAAAAAAUGGUUGUAAAAGAAGACUAUUUUCUUUGCUCAACAUCUCUUCUGAUUUUGAAGUCGUAAAGAUUUUCAAAGCCUGUCUCAUAUUUUUCACAUAUGAACCAGAAUAUUGCAAAAUAAAUGCUUUUGUCCACAAAUGUUAGUUGAAUGGCCACUGUGGUCAUAAAAAUAUCUAAGUUAUGUUAAUGUAAUACAGCUGAAACACGCUGAAUGUUCAGCAUCGUUCUAUCUUAAAUUUCUGAUGUGCCCCUCAAUGCCAAGCAAGUAGACUAUGCCUUCCAAAUAUGUUAUGUUCCUUAGCAGUGACAACAAGGCAGAGGUGGCAAACCUUCGACCCAUGGACCAGUCUUGGCUUGCCACAGAGUCAUGAAGCCAUCUUCUCCAGACUGCACCACUCUCAUCAGCUGAUGUCCCUGGGGACAUCAGAUAGUGGGUGGGAGGAAAGGAUUUAAUCCUGCAUUGGCUGCAUGCCUAUUCCUAUCAUCUGAUGAACAAGGAUUAAAGUACAUUGCAAAAGCCCUGUUUGAAGCAGCUUGUGCUUCAAAAGUCAGUGGAUGGGCAGUGACAGCAGUGAGGUGGGCGAGCACCUACCCUGCUACUGCUGCCCAUUCACUUGCUUAAAGAAGAAGCGCCUCAAACAGGACACUUCUGUUUCAAGAGGCUGAAAUGGGAGUGUAGGGGCUGUCUUAAAGCCUUUGUAAAUCUUCCCACGUUUCCCUUUUAAACCUCAGAUUGGCCAGGCUUGUAGGAGGAAUGUUCCAAAGCCGCAGAAGAGAUUUUGUCAGGUGGGCAUCCUCACCCUCUGGUCAAAUUUGGCCUCUUAGGCUGAUCCUGAUAAGUUUCUGAUCCAUGGAGCCAAAAAGUUCGCCAUCUCUGAAGUAAGAAAAAAUGCUCAAGAGUUAGUUUGAUGAAUUUAUAAAAUUGCAUUAGUUUAAUGUGAUGCUUACUUUAGCUCAUUACCUACACCUAUAGAAAUUAUUUUUAAAACUUAUGCAUUUUUGGGUUGUAAAUCAUGUAUUAGGAUUCAUUCUUACCCCUCUGCCUUACUACAGGUUCAAACUGGAGUCCCUUUAUAACUCUGGUAUGAAAAAACUGAGAAGUUUUGCAUUAAAACUGUGACUUUGUUUCCUGUGUCAGGGAGACUUAUUGAUCAGCAGUCUAAUAAACUGGCAAAAGAUGAAAUGCUACAGAUGAUCCGACAUGGAGCAACACAUGUAUUUGCUUCCAAGGACAGUGAACUGACUGAUGAAGAUAUUACCACUAUUUUAGAAAGAGGUGAAAAAAAGGUGAGAGGAUUUGGAUGGUGCUGUAUGUUACCAUUACUUUCAUUGUUGCUCAUCUUCUGUCUCUAUAAAAAUCAUCUGCUUUGAAUUAAGAAAAAAGAAUCAAGUCUGUCUGAGUUAGCUUUUCAAGUAUCUUAUCAAAUCAGUUUUUAUGUUUUAUUGAUGAAAAAUGGCUUUUCUAAAGAUUAACUUCAUUUUAUUUUUGAUGGCCUGCUUUAGACAGCUGAAAUGAAUGAGCGUUUGCAAAAAAUGGGUGAGAGCUCUCUCCGAAACUUCACUAUGGAGACAGAAAUGAGUUUGUACAAUUUUGAAGGUGAAGAUUAUAGAGGGAAACAAAAGGUACCUUUCUGCUGUACUGAUAAGUAUAAAUGUGUUUGCAUUGUACUGUUAAGGGAAUAAAGUUCCACUUCAAAGAGGUUAACAACAAACACUCCUAAUAUUCAGAGCAGGUUAUGUAGGGAAGAUGUAGGAUUUCAAUGUACUCCCCCCGUCCCCUUUGGUUCACUUUACCUAUAGCACUUUUUAGGGGUAUUAACCAGGCUUAGAGUAUAUCUAUCAAAAAGAAAGAGUCCUGAGAACACAUCUUUCUGGAAUCUGAACAUUCAGAGAAAACAAAUGAAGCUUGCUGUAACAAGACAUAAUUGUAUGUUUCACAUUAGUUUCACAUUAGAAAACUAACUCUGUUCCCUUACCUGUUUUUGAGGGAGUCCAUAAUAAUGUAAAAUGUAAAUGUAAAAUGUAUUCAGCAUGGACACUGUAGAACUGUUGCAUAUGCAGAGGAAAACAUACUGUAAGACAGAAGUUAAAAGGAUAUGUAGGCAGAUUGAGAGGCCUCUGUUUAGAAAGAUACUAGAAUGGGAUUCUGUCCAUAAUGUGAGGGAAUAAUAACUGUGAAGAAAAGAAAUGAAUGAAAGCAAUCUAUCACUGUACGAAAUGGGACAAUAAAGCUAUAAGAGCAGGAAUUUAUUUCAUGGAAGAUGUCUAGCAUUCUUUUAAGAGCCUACAAAUAAAUGCAGACCUUGGAUUGGAAGAUUCUGUUAAAGCAAAGAACUGCUAGUUUUCUUAAGUGAAGUGAAAGAAACUUGCUGAAAAGUGAACUCUGUUCUAGAGUUCUGUUAUAGUUCAUGCAACAGGGCAACAUAAGGCCUACCCGCUUCAUUUAAUGAGGCAAGGAUUAUGAGCCUGGUUUCAAGUUAAGGUGUUUGGAAUGUUUUGUUGGUUUCUCUGCUUACAAGAGGAAUAUGAAAACAUACAAAACUAAUUUCUUCUGCUUAUUCAAAAACUAUCAGGUUUCAAAGAGGAGUUGGAAAUUAAAAAACAAAACCUGAAAGAAAUGCUAUUCUAAAGUAACCCCUCUUGAACUAAGUGAUUUGCUAUAUUAUCCAUUCAUAGCAAUGCAGGCAGUUUAAUAUCUAUUGAAACAUGCACUAGUCUUCAUUCCAGUCUUCUGCAUUCUAGUCUUGUCUUAAAACAAGUACCUCUGUCAACAAUACCAAUUGAGCAAUUAAAUAUGUACUACUUAGAAUUAUCUUUUGGUAUUUUUUAAAAGUUUUGAUCUUAUUUGUUUUCUAGCUGAGCAUGAUGGAAUGGAUAGAGCCUCCAAAACGAGAACGCAAAGCCAACUAUGCUGUGGAUGCCUAUUUCAGAGAAGCUCUUCGAGUUAGUGAACCAAAAAUCCCAAAGGUGAGAGGACAGUUUGGUAGUUCAUACUAGUUACACCCACCUCCCAACCUCAGCCUUUAAUAACCUUUUUUAUAUAAAAACAUGUUGCAACAUGUCCAAAGACAAACAUGUAGCAUUAAUGGUAUAUAUGUUUAAUUUCAAAGGCUCCACGACCUCCGAAACAGCCAAAUAUUCAAGAUUUCCAGUUCUUUCCCCCACGGUUGUUUGAACUCCUUGAAAAAGAGAUUCUUUAUUAUCGCAAGACCAUAGGCUACAAGGUAAGGAUCUGUUUUCCUUCCCUUCCCUAAUAUGAGGCAGGAAUGUGGAUUUCCAUGUAUCCACAUUUUGAAAAUGAUUAGAUGACCUGCUCUUAUGUUAAUGGGGGACAUUAUAAAUUACGUUGUUUGCUCAAGGGUGAAGCGGAGUGAGAGCAAACACAAUCAAAAGUGAUUUUAACAAGGAAAAGGAGGAGCAGUCUCCUCUCUGUGUAAGCUUCUGAUCCCAGUUGUGGCUUCCUGCAGCUGCUUGACUUUAAAAUUAAACAAAAACAUUGGGGGAAGACAUUAGAAUCAUAGAAAGCUUGAUCCUAACCCACAAAGGAAUAGGGACAGCAGACAUUCUGGUGCCUUGAACACGCCUCAGCAAGAGUGCUGCCAUUAAGGCUGUGUGAAUAUUUUGUGGUGACAGUGAUGUCCCCCAGCUACCACCACUACACCCUUCUAGGAUUACUGCUGUUGAGCUCUGAGUGCUAUUUUGUCAGGUUGGGCCUCCACAUUAGUGGUUCUACUGUCUGCCACCUUUGGUCCUGCUUGACAGCUCUGCCCCUACAACUUCUAUGCAUUGUUUCCAAAUAAGACUUCCAAAUUCGUCCCUUUAAAUAUUUGCAUUUUUGGCACAUUGUCAAAAGAAAUUCAACCAUAGAUUACAGUGGUACCUUGGGUUACAGACGCUUUGGGUUACAGAUGCUUCGGGUUACAAACUCUGCUAACCAGGAAGUGGUUGCUCCAGGUUAAGACCUUUGCCCCAGGAUAAGAACGGAAAUUGCGUGCCAGCAGUGCAGCGGCAUUGAGAGGCUCCAUUAGCGAAAGCGCGCCUCAGGUUAAGAACCAUUUCAGGUUAAGAAUGGACCUCUGGAACGAAUUAAGUUCUUAACCUGAGGUACCACUGCAGAUAGAUUGUAUGAAUAGUAAUAUUGUGCUUGGAAAAGAACAAUAUGUUGGUAUGGUCUUUCAUCUUCAAAGGAUAAAAUCAGAGCUAUUUAAUUCUAUGUUUCUAAACUUUGCUUCCGUGACUGACAUGCUUAAAUGGAAAUAUUCAGUAGCUAAUUUAUAUAGUCACUGGCAAAAUUACUUCCAUGCUUUCUAAAAAUGGUUUUACAAUGGUAACAAUUUGCCUCGUAACAUGCUCUAUAUAAAGCCAAGAUUAUAUAUGUGCUGAAAUCAGUGAAAUAUUUUGUAAACCAAUGUCAGGGAUAAGAUAAGCUCCAGUUUCUUGUCCUGAAAUAACUGGCAUGAAGAUAUCUCUCAGGCUUCUUAGAUAUGAUGGAUAGGAAAUGUGUUACUUUUCAAUAGCAGCUAUGUGAAGUUAAGUAUCAUUUUAAAAUGAAUAUCAGAAGUGUGUGGUAGAAAUGGGCACAUUUUCCUCACUACAAUAGAUAUAAUUUCAAAAGCUUGCUGUGAAUAAAAGAAGAAAACAGAACAAAAUCAGCAAUAUUUCCUUCUGAAGAAUAUAUUAGCUACAUUUACCUAUGUAUAAGAUCUAUGUCCUAAGACUUGAAUUCCAUUUCACAAUCCCAAAAAUAACAUUCUUUUCCAUAGUGUACCUGGGAUCUUAGUGACACAAAUAAAACUAUUUGUCCCAUCCAGUUGGGGAGAGGUCAUGUGCUCUGGACAAUUUCUGAUUCCUCAUAUUGUUCUGGUGACCAUAUGGUGUUCAAAAGACAGAACACAUGUGGACAGAGUAGUGGGCUAGCUCAGCCCAGAACAUCAGUCCCACCCCGGGUCCAAAUAGCGUCACCUGCCUCCAGGAAGAGGCGUCAGAGUGGUGGUGUGCGGGUGUGGAAGUGUCUUCCUUAUGGGUCUGACAGGCUAUGGAUGGAGAGUUACCAAGGUUUUGUUUUUUUAAUACAGUUCUUACUGAGUUUUAAUGUAUUACAAAAAUUACAGUCAUUGGAUAUCUACAAAUAAAUAAAACUACCAAAAAAGCCCCACCCACUUCAUUUACAGAGAUAAACAGGACCAAGACCCCACACUGCAAUUCAAGGUGCAAUAUGAAAUAUGACAGUACAGUUAAUAUAAGCUUAAUAAGCUGUCAAAAACAGUAUGUGCCAAGUCAAAAUACUCAAAUAUCUUUAAUACGGUCAAUGACCAGCAAGCAUUUAUAAAAUAAAAUAUGACAAUAUAAGUACAGUAUGUGAAUAUUUAAUGUUGAAUGUGUUCCGUUGCCCUUCAGUUAUUUUUUUUAAGAAAAUACAGUUUCUGACUAGCAAAUAUGGAAAAAUUAAAGAUUGAAUUUCUCCACAUAGACUUCAGGAUAUCCACACCAAUAUUUUGCUGGGGCCAUCUUGCUGUGCUUCUGUGCAUUUUUGUAUCCAAGGAAGGGAAACUGAAUAGCCUCAAAUUGAUCUCUUUUCUGUUGCCCUCUCAUCCCCUCUAGUUUAUGAGAGAGACAAUAAUUUACUUGUUCUUUAAGAUCCUAUUUGACCUGUCAAACAGUUCCAGUAGUGUGUAAUAUGGGCCAAGUGUUUGGGUGUCAAAUAUCAGCUGUGUAUUAAUUUCAAAGAUAUCUCUCUCACAGAGGCAGAGAUUGAUUUAUAGGUUGGCUUUUCCCACAGCCCUUACCAGGAGAGUUACCAAGUUGGUCACCAGGUCAUCCACUAUAAGACAUUUAUCAUCCACAGUCUUAUUGUGGAGGAAGGUCCCAACCUCUCAUGUAUUACUCAGACUUGGGUGGGCAAGCCAAGAUAUCUUGAUCUAACCCUGUGUUGCUUUCCUGGGUUCUUUAUGCAGCAUCAAGACAAAUGGAUCAUAUGCCUCUUCCUUAAGAAUCAACCUAAACCAGGAAACUGAUUAUGUAUGGGGGCUGGCUUUGAGGAUCUGUGCCUAGUGUCACUUCAAAGAACAAAGCAGGGAUUUUGCUGGUGUACUAUCCAUCCCACUGCCCAACAGUCUCCAUAGCCAAGAUGGCCUACCCCAGAUAGAUCAGAUACUGGGAGACUUCCAGCAUCACACUGGAUCUGCCUUAAAAGCACCUGCCUGGAACUUCAUGGUCACCAUCACAAUCAUGAGCUUGUCUCAGUACAUCACAGCUCAAAUGCAUGUGGCAAGAUAGGUCCUUGAUAUGCUUUCUGCUAUAGUGUGUAGGGAGUGUUUUAGUGUUUCCGUUGCCAUGCAUGAGUUAUUUCCUGGCAAUGCCUGGCUUGACAGUGGCAGUUCUUUCUCCCCCACCCCCUGCCCAUGCCAGGCCAUUCCCGCAAGGUGGGGGGACUUACUGAGAUGAUUUGCUCAUAGAGACUUAAGGAAUCCAAAAGAUUACUGAAUGCUCUGGAAUAUUUUCCAGUUGACAUGGCUGGUGCUCUUGUCAAGGCUCUUUUUCAGUUUAGAAUGGUGAAGAGGACACAAUCAAUCCUAUAGGGCCCUUUUUUGGUGACAAGGAACCUGUACUACUCCCCCUGCCCCUGUUUUCAGGAGAGUUACAGGCAAGGAAGCAGAACAGGUGACAGUGGGGUGCGAGUGCCAGAAAUCUCACAGAGAAUACCACUGAGCACAUGAUUGCUUCCAUCACUGCCACAUGGUAGGCACAAAGUAGGCUUAUUUUUCCACCUUUUUCUUAUUUUUCACAUGCUCAGCUAGCUGCCCAGGAGAGCUUUUCCAAGUGGUUAAUGAACUGUUGAGAUAUGCCCCAAAGGUUAUGGGCAAUGGAGCAUCAGAGUGUUGCUCUGACAAAUUUUCUAAGCACUCCAAUGGUAAAGUUGUUCACUUUCACUCUGAACUUGAUACCACUGUUGAUACAGUUUCAGCUGAGGUGUCCAGAGCACUGACAGGUCCAGUUGCAUGAGAUCAAUUUCAGUGAUAGUGAUUGUAAAUGAUGCCAGGUGUGGAAAAGGUUGGUGCUUGCCAAAAAGGCCUUAGGGUUCUAAUAAUCACUGUAGUUGGGGGAAAGUUAGAAAUAUUAAAAGAAAUAAAGAGCACUAAAAACACAUUUAAACAUUCUUUUGAUAUCAGAUAAUUGCAACUUGUGUUCAUUCCAUUUUACCCUAACUGUACGAAUUAAUGUCUGCUUCACUGUUUAAUCGCUGGAGUAACACACAUACAUUUCCUCCUCCCCUUCUCUUUCUUGUUUGUGGUAUCUGGGAACACUGAAAGGCUUAAAGAAAACCCUCUUGAGGUGCAGUGGUUGCUUGCUAGUUGCAGUUAUCAUUACAUUUCCAUGGACAAGAGCCUGCAAGCUAUAAAAGGACAAAUAUAGAUGGAUGAGUUAUGAUAUGCUACAUUCACCUUGCCUGAAGAACUUUCUGAGGACUGUAAACACAAGUAAAAGAUGUUUCUCCACCAGCGGCCACAUGCUAGCGAAAUAUUUCCUUCUCUAACAAAUACUCAGUAGAUGAGAAGCGCAUCAAUCCCACCCGACUAGUGUUUCUCACAAAGGCAGUAAAGGGAGAUGGAUAGGACUAUAUACAGAACCUUUAAUAGCAUUGCUCUUUUACUAUACAUUCAUUCCACCACUGAUUUUAGGUCCCCAGAAACCCUGACCUCCCAAAUGCAGCUCAGGUACAGAAAGAGGAACAGCGGAAGAUUGAUGAGUCAGCUCCUCUUACUUCAGAAGAGACUGAAGAGAAAGAAAGACUUCUUACCCAGGUAAAUGGCUUUUAAAUUUCUUUUCUUUAACAAAAGAAGAACUUAUAAACAAAGAAGAACAUUUAUAAGCUUGUGUGCUUACUGUGUGACAAGCUAGAUUGUGAUGAUAAAAGGUUGAUAACAGCCAUGUGCAGUAAACGCAGGCAGUGAUAACUAGUUUUCCUAUGGAAAACUGCAGAUACCACCAUCUGAUCUUACAAAUUAUCUCAUAGUUACAUUAAUUUGAAGGGAUUUAGUUACAGUACCUCUGUUUUGGAUUGUGAGUGUGUGUAGAAACUGAGAAAGUUGGUUAGGCUCUUCUAUUUUCAAAAUGGCAGCUGCUAAGCUGUCGCUGGUGUGUCAGGUGAUUUCUCUCCACAAAAAGGUGCAGGUGGAUGAGAGUUCAGAGAAGAGAGCAGCUGAACUCAACAAUAGUCAAGUUGAAUCUCAAGUCCUUUGACAGUUCCUUUGGAAAGAUCACAUUGUUUCUCUCAGAGUGAAUGGUUUUCUUCUUGCAAUGAUUACAUUAUUAAUCUUCCUUCGAAUAGCAUAGUUGUGUACACUGCAGUGGAUAGGUUCUGGCACUCUCAAAUGAAGCAUUCUUUAGCUGUCCACUUCAGCUUUCAAAACUUAGAUUUACUUUAUGCAUUUAACUUGUCUUGUUGACACUUACAUAAUUAUUUUUGGGUUACUCUGAAGAUCAUUUUUAGCUCACUUGACUUUUUAAAUAUUAUAAGGAAGGAAGUGCAGGGUUUGCUCACAUUCUCUGAUACUUUUCUGCAUGUAAGUAGUCACAUUCUUGAGUGGUGUUCUUAAAUGGUUAUUUUAGUAAUUGUCCUUUGAAAAUUUAAAUUGCCUUGUGUUGAUUGAAGUGAAUCUCUUGAAAGUACAAUAUCAGCUAUAUCACUCUUAGUUUCUGUGUAGGCAGUUUAAAAAUCUUUAAUGCUAGCAUUGCUCUCUGGAAGUAGAGCUAUACCAAAGUACCUGGAAUUUUUCUUAUUUCUCUGUAAUACCUUUGAUCAAGCCAAAGCCAUAUGACUCUAUCUACUCCUUCGCUGGUUGAAAGCAUUCUUCCUCUUUUUGUCACGUAUUAAGGACAGAAUAUAAAUAGAAGAGCUGCUUUUAUAGGCUUCUGUUAAUAUUUGAAAUACAAAUAUGCAUUUCACUUCUUAUUCACCCAAAAGCAAUUAGAAUUAAACCAGCAAAACCAAAUGUAGAUAUGGUGCCUCUCAUUGCCAUUGGUUUUCUUUUCAGACAUUCCUUGUUAAACUGUGGUGGAUACAAACGUUCCCUUCCUCUGAUGAAAGUAGAUUUUAUUUGAUGGAAGAACUGCUUUUGUUGACCUAUGAAGUUUUUUUUCCACCAGGGGAAGACUUUCUGUUGGAGCAAUGGAAGCUUUGGAUCCAAUCUGUUGUAUAGAACAGUUUGUUCUCCUGUAUGCACAAUGUCAGAAAUAAUUUACAGUUGGUUUGUUACAACCAUGUGAAUUGAGUGUCAUGUCUGCAGUUAGUUCGACAUUCAUUAUCUAUGGAAUCUAGGAGUAAAAAUGAUAAAGAUGAAAUUUGGAAGCUUUUUUUACUAGAAACUCCAUGAAGUUCUUUUUUAAAAGUUGCCAUUAUUCUUGUAACUUAUAAAUCAACUUCUAGUGGGUUAAGAACCUGAGGGAUUUUAAAAUUCUGACUUAAUAUACAAUGUUAGCUUUGGGGUAUUUUGUUUUGUUUUGCAUCUGCUACAAGAAGUUCUUGCAAUUGUAUUGAUAGAGGAGGUGUAGGGAAAUGGGUGUUUUGGCUCCAUUUUCUUUCUAUCCAGGUGUUCAUUUCAUUCACCAUUUGCUUUGUAAGUAUUCAAAACAGAAUGUUAUUGCAUUUAGUUCCAGGAUGCCCAGGAGAUUGCCAGUGACAUCUGGACAAGUGCCCUCAUACUCUUGCAAUUUUAUUUGUUACUUGUGCUUGCUCAAGUGUGAUAUAAGUGAAAAUCCAUUAAGAUUUGAAUUGAACUUUGUUUCUUUGAAGAAAUGCCAUUUACAAGCGUGAAUAAAAAGCUUCUCUCCCUGAUGCAUGGGGAGCUGUGUGCAAAAAUAACUCGUUCAACUUUUUAUGACUGAGUAAUAAACCUUGGAUAAUAGAUGUUUAUGGAAAUCCUGCAAGAUCAUUAACCCCUGUAAUUAUUAUGUGACAUUGUACCGAAGCAUUAACGAGCAAAUCCAACUGUAUCCUUCUAAGAUGCAAGAUCUAGCAAAACAUUUCCUCCUUCACCUAAUGGCAACUCCUUGCUUAACAGGGUUUUACAAACUGGAACAAAAGAGACUUCAACCAGUUUAUUAAAGCUAAUGAAAAAUAUGGACGAGAUGAUAUAGAUAAUAUUGCCCGUGAAGUGGAAGGAAAGUCACCUGAAGAAGUUAUUGAAUAUUCAGGUUUGUCAAAUAUAUCUUGGAUAAUUAAAAAAAUAUUUCCAAAAUGGUUAUAUUUGUUGGGUUACUUUUGUAGUUCUACAAGGGUUGGCAAUUUUGAAGAAUGUGUAGUGUAGAAAGAAUGCAUGGUCCCGCAUGGAAAGAUUUAAAAUCUGCAGAGGGAUUAUGCUGAGAAUGCUACUCUGUAACCCUUUAGCCAUUACUAUUCUGCACUGUUUUUUAGAUCGUGACAUGCUUCAUUUGCCACCGCUGUGGAUGGCAAAGCAGGGGCGGAGCGGCUAGAUUUAUUCUUCCCUUCUCUUGACAGCAAUAUAAUGCUGAUAAUGAUUUUGUUGAGUGAUAGGAAUUUGGAAGAACCCAAAAUGCAGUUCUAAUGUAUGCAGACAUAAUUCUGUUUUGCAGCCUCAGCCGUACCUUUUCAAGGGUGAGGUGUGUUUUUAAAUAGUUUCAGCCAUUUAUUGGAAAACACUAGAAAUUGCUCCUGCCUCCCUACAAACACGCACAUAACACCACAUGCUGACCGCUUGUUGUUCACUGAGGUACAGCACUGGAAAAAAAGAAAAGAAGCAAACUGCUCCAAGGUCACCCAGCGAGUCUCAUGGCUGAGUAAGGAUUUGAACCUGGAUCUGUACAUCUUUGGCUGCUUCGGACUGGAUGACCCUUUGGGUCCAUUCCAGCUCUACAAUUCUAUGAUUUUAUGACAUGAUAGACAUCCUGUGCCAGAGUUUAGAGUAUAUUUGCAUGCUCAUGUUUAAUGAAAAGUUGUAAUCGGAGGUUUUGAUUGAGAGUAGAGAAGUUUAAGUGGGGGGGGGAUUACUAAGCAGUUUGCUUCUGUCUGUUUUCUGCUCAAUUCCACCCCCCACCCCCUGCCUAGCAAUUUGCUGGGAAACAACUCAGCUCUAUACAGUGAGCGGGAAAAGUAUUUGAUCCCCUGCUAAAUUUUCCCGUUUGGCCUCUGAUGAAGAAAUGACCAGUCCAUAAUUUUAAUGGUAGGUUUAUUGUAGCUGUGAGAGACAGAAUAACAACAGGAAAGCCCCCAGAAACCCAGAAGACAAAAGUCAGAGAUUGAUGUGCAUUAUAAUGAGUGAAAUAAGUAUUUGAUCCCUUUGCAAAAGAUGACUUGGUGGCAAAACCCUUGUUGGCAAUUACAGAGGUCAGACAUUUCUUGGUAGGUGGCCACCAGGUUUGCACACAUCUCAGGAGGUAUUUUGUCCCACUCCUCUUUGCAGAUCCUCUCCAAGUCAGUAAAAUUUCGAGGCUGAUGUGUAGCUACUCAAACCUUCAGCUCCCUCCACAGAUUUUUGAUGGGAUUAAGGUCUGGAGACUGGCUAGGCCACUUCAGGACCUUAAUGUGCUUCUUCUUGAGCCACUCCUUUGUUGCCUUGGUCGUGUGUUUUGGGUCAUUGUCAUGCUGGAAUACCCAUCCUUGACCCAUUUUCAAUGCCCUGGCUGAGGGAAGGAGGUGCUCACCCAAGAUUUGACAAUACAUGGUCCUGCCCAUCGUCCCUUCAAUGCGGUGAAGGUGUCCUGUCCCCUUAGCAGAAAAAGACCCCCAAAGCAUAAUAUGUCCCCCUCCAUGUUUGAUGGUGGGAAUCGUGUUCUUGGGGUUGUAGGCAGCAUUCCUCCUCCUCCAAACAUGGUGAGUUGAGUUGAUGCCAAAGAGCUCUAUUUUGGUCUCAUCUGACCACAACACUUUCACCCAGUUCUCCUCUGGGUCAUUCAGACGUGCACUGGCAAACUGCAGACGGGCCUGUACAUGUGCUGUCUUGAGGAAGGGGACCUUGCGGGCUCUGCAAGAUCUCAGUCCUUCACGGCGUAGUGUGUUACCACUGUUUUCAUGGUGACUAUGUUCCCAGCUGCCUUGAGAUCAUUGACAAGUUCACCGUGUAGUUCUGGGCUGCUUCAUCACUGUUCUCAUGAUCAUUGCAACUCCACGAGAUGAGAUCUUGCAUGGAGCCCCAGACUGAGGGAGGUCGACAGUUAUUUUUUGUUUCUUCCAUUUGCGAAUUAUUGCACCAACUGUUGUCACCUUCUCACCAAGCUGCUUGUCAAUAGUCUUGUAGCCCAGUCCAACCUUGUGCAGGUCUACAAGCUUGUCCCUGACAUCCUUGGACAGCUCUUUGGUCUUGGUCAUGGUGGCUACUUUGGAAUCUGCUGGAUUGAUUGCUUCUGUCAACAGGUGUCUUGUACAGGUACUGUAACGAGCUGGGAUUACAGGUAAGACCUCUCCCUUAUAGCAGGUGCUUCUAAUCUCAGCUGGUUACAUACAGUGAAGAUACCAAGUAGCCUGCCAUCUGGCUGGUUGAUAGGCAAUCAAAUACUUAUUUCACUCAUUAUAAUGCACAUCAAUCUCUGACUUUUGUCUUCUGGGUUUCUGGGGUUUUUCCUGUUGUUAUUCUGUCUCUCACAGCUAUAAUAAACCUACCAUUAAAAUUAUGGGCUGGUCAUUUCUUCAUCAGAGAGCAAACAAGAAAAUUUAGCAGGGGAUCAAAUACUUUCCCCCCUCACUGUAUGUAACAUUGGUUGUUUUCAGCGGGCCUUUUCUGGAGCAAGCACCUGGAGAUUCAGAUUAUUUCAUAUAUUUCCACAAAAUCACAUCAGAGAUGCAUUUGCUUUCUGUUGCAAAUUUCUUAAGGGACUUAGAGCCUUUGUGGAAAAAAGACUUUCUGUAUGAAGUCCAACUCACUACAUUGUAAGAUUUUAAAAAAAUAUAUUCUAAAUAUAUAUAUGAUAAUAUACCUUGUUUAAACUGUGUUAGGCAAUAUUGGGAAAGAGUAAAAGCUUUAAUUAUAUAAAAGUAGUUAUUAAUUUUAUUUUAUUACAAAGCAUUUAAGGUGUUUUUUUUGAAUGCUUGAAAUUUUCAGCUGUUUUUUGGGAACGUUGCAAUGAACUCCAGGACAUUGAGAGGAUCAUGGCUCAGAUUGAACGAGGGGAGGCCAGAAUACAGAGGCGAAUUAGCAUCAAAAAAGCCCUGGAUGUCAAAGUAAUUUUUCCACAAAUUAAUAUUUCCUCUGAUUAAUUUUUUCCCUAAGAAACCAGCAUAUGGUUAUGUUCCCCACUGAUAAAGUAUUCUCAGUCCCCUUCUAAUUUUUCAGUACAAAGCUUACACUAAUUCAGUGGUGAGCAAAGUUAUUCUUUUCUAUGAUAAGUAGUUUAACUUUAUUAAGCCAUAUGGAUUGAAAUUCCCAGUAUAAACACAUUAGGAUUGUUACACCAGCUGUAACAAUUUUAGUCUUACAACUGGCUAAAUAAAGUCUUGAUUAGGGGCUGAUUUAAUGGCUGCUGACUUUAGUAUAAUCCCACUGCAGCUAAAAUAGCAUAAAUGGCCAUUGAAUAAUAUUCAUAUGCACAUUCCUAGUAAAAAUCUUUUUUCCCUUUAGAUUGCUAGAUACAAAGCACCUUUUCAUCAGCUGCGUAUACAGUAUGGAACAAACAAAGGCAAAAACUACACAGAAGAAGAAGAUAGAUUCUUGAUAUGCAUGUUGCAUAAAAUGGGAUUUGAUAAAGAAAAUGUGUAUGAAGAACUAAGACAGUGUGUACGCAAUGCACCCCAAUUUAGAUUUGACUGGUUUAUCAAAUCUAGGACAGCAAUGGUAAGUAAAUAGUGUUGAUUUACAAGACCUUAGUUUUUGCAUGUUUUUUUUAUUUAUUUAUUUCAAAGGGUUUUAGGUCUUCCUGUGUUUCAUUAUGUUACACUGAUUUAUGUUUUGAAUUUGUUAACUUUUAUCAAAAAGCAAUAUAGAGAUAUUGAAUCAAUCAUUAUGUCAGGGGAACCUGAGCCCUUCCAGAUGUUGAUGGACUCCAACUCCAACCAGUCCCCCAGCAUGACCUAAUGAUCAUGACUGAUGGGAGGUGUGGUCCAACAAAAUCUAGAGUAUACCAAGCUCUCCAUCCCUGGUCUGUACAGUGGUGCCUCGCAAGACGAAAAGAAUCCGUUCCGCAAGUCUCUUCGUCUUGCGGGUUUUUUCGUCUUGCGAAGCAAGCCCAUUAGCGGUUUAGCAGAUUAGCGCUACAGUAUUAGCGGCUUAGCGGGCUUAGCGGAUCAGCUGAUAAGCGGCUUAAAGAUCACCUGAUAAGCGGCUUAGCGAUCAGCUGUUAAGCGGCUUAGCCAUCAGCUGAUAAGCGGUUUAGCGGCUUGGGAAAAAGGGGGGGAAAAGGAAAAAAAACCCGCAGGAACUCGCAAGACAUUUUCGUCUUGCGAAGCAAGCACAUAGGAAAUUCGUUUUGCGAAGCACCUCCAAAACGGAAAACCCUUUCGUCUAGCGGGUUUUCCGUCUUGCGAGGCAUUCGUCUUGCGGGGCACCACUGUAUGUAUAUUAUACUACAAGAACAACAGAAUGAGUAUGUAUGAGAGCGAGUGCAUUUAAAACUCUAGUCUUAGAGUUCUUGCAUAUCCCUAGCCCUGUCCAGUCAAGAUGCUGGCAAGUACCGCGGCACCCAAAGUCUUAUGGGGUGUGUGUGGCUACGCAAAUGGACAAGUAGGUGCACUACAGAUUCAGCAGCAGUGGUAGUGUGAAGACAGCCAAUAUAAAACCAAGCCCACAUGAACAGGAAGUACCACUUGGCUGCUUUCUCUUCUGGCGCUACCAUAUCUGGAGAAGCUGCCAUCUGGAAGUUUGUCCUGAUCCUGAUAUUAGUCACAGAUGCAGUGUCUGGUUUAAAGACCGAUUUUGGUACAAUUGUACAUUCACUCAUUAACAGUAAGUAAACAAAAUUACUCUAUUUUCCAGUAUCAGCUGAUGCAUAGACGUGCUCAUUUAAUAUUGGUGUCUGAUGCAGUUCUGUGGUUUGCUAUUAUAAUUUGAGUACUUCCCAGAAGCAUGCAGUGCUGCACAACUAACAUCUGUUAUAUGUGGUUGAUCCUGUAGUGUUUUUGUUUUUUGAAGGAAGACUGUAUGGUAGAGUUGUUUCAAGGAUGACAUAUUUUUCACAGUGGCAGUUUAGCAACGGUUCUCUUGAUAAUUAAUUAAAGCCUUGAGGGAAAGAUAUACCACUUCAUUAAGAGCAGAAUUUCUGUUUUUGAACCCAAGAGUCAUUUCAUUUAGCCUAAGCUGAGUUUUUUUGUCCACUUCUGUUAUUACAUGGACAAUUUCUCUUCUGUUCAGGAAUAACUUUUAAAUUAUUAUUAUUACGAAAAUAAAUCUGUACUGCCCUCCCCCAAGGAUCUCAAUAUGGUUUCAAUGCUGUUAAAUUGGCUAAAGUCUUCCAAGAAGGGUUACUUUGACUAUGCUUCCCAAAAGGAUCAAAUAUGUCCAAAGGGUUAGUAGUGCCUGAACACCUAUGAUUGGCAGGCAGUAUACCUUUUACCAUGUACUGUGGACAAGUAGUUCCUAUGCAUGGCGUUUUACAUACCACUUCAGCUGGAGUUAUCAGUCCUGGCUGUCACUAUUCUUCCACUUGAAAUUCCAAGCCUGAUCAUGAUGGGAUGCAAUUCUCAUGGUCACAGCACAAAUCUUGUAGAAUGGAAAACAACAACAACAACAUGCAGUAAAGGGCAACCAGAAUGGUUAAGAGGCUGGAACAUGUUCCCUAUAAGGAAAGAUCACAACAUUUGCAACUUGUGGGUUUUGCAGAAAGAUAAGUAAGAGGUUAGGGAAGAGGUAUACAAAAUUAUGCAGAAUGUGGAUAAAGAAUUUUUUUCUCCCCCUCAUUGGGAUCAUUGAUGAAACUGAUUGGCUGGAGAUUCAGAACAGGUAGAUGGAAUCACAUGCUGCAUAGUUAAAGCAUGGAUUUUGCUGCCACAUGAUGUGAAGCUGACCACUAGCUUAAAUGGCUUUACAAGGGCAGUAAAUAAAUUAAUGGAAGCUGUGAUCACCAGUGGGUACUAGUCACAAUGACUAUAUGCUGUGUGCAGAAGCUUAUGCCCCUGAAUAACAAUUUCUGGGGAACAGCAGCAGGAGAGGACUGUUAGUUUGCUUGUGGGCAUCCAAUUAGCUGCUGGAAAUACUGGAUGCUGGACUUGCAUGACCAUUUGCCUGAUGCAAAAGGGCUUAGUUUAAAAAAUUCUUUAUUUUUAACCUGAUUUACAGACUGCAUUUCAGGGCAUGGUUAUUCAGUCAUGUGUUCCGGUGUCUGAUAAUGUUGGGUUUGUAAUCUUUUCAAAAUGUUGUCUAUCUCUUACUUGUCUUGUCAGAAAUGUCUGGCUUAAUGUUCAUACCUUGUUUAUCCAACCAAAAUAUGUAUUUGUUUGCUUAUUACAUUUAUAUCCCACUUUUCCUCCAGUGUGCUCAAGACAGCAUAUAUUUCCUACUUUUUAUUUCCACAGCCAACCUGUCAGAUAGGCUAGGAUGAUUUUAUAUGUGAUUGGCCCAAGGUCUUCUAGUAAUAUUCAUGGCAGAGUAGGAAAUGGAACUAGAGUCCACCCUCCGUCCCAGUCUGUCACACCUCAGUAGCCCAUGAUAUCAUAUCACAGCGGAGAGGUUCUUCCUAGAAUUUUCGUUUUGUAAAGGAUUGCUAGGUAGAAAAUUUAUAAUCUUUUAACAAUUAUUUCAAAAUGCUUAUACUUAAAAACCAAGACUUCUAUGCAUUUUACUUAGAAAUUCAUCAUUACUUUCUGAUGGCCACUAGAUGUCUCCCUAGUUCUGCCUAAAUACAUUGAUUUUUUUUCCAUGUUUCCCCUCUAUGUAUUUAUUUGAAAAUUUCUCUUCAGAAAACUUCUCUUCAGAAACCAAUAUAAAUUCUUUUUUGUUUCUUAUUUUCAUGCAAGCAUAUGGCUUACACAGUAUGAGCUCAUAAAUUGCUUGAUGGUUUCUAUAAAAUUCUAGUUUUUCUGCACCAGACUUUGUACUUCACAUUUAGGUGUUCUGCUGUCGUAACUGCCCUUCUUUGUGACUCUGAGAGGGGAAUGGUAAGCGCACCGCUGAAUCGCAGAUCUGUUCUCUUUAAGGCGUGCAUAUGACUGUUCUCUGUAUACUUCCUAUCCCAUUGGUGCAGAAUCAUUGGGCUGUGAUUUCUCCUUUGAAGUUUUGGUGUUCUUGUCUUUCUGCUUCAUUGGUGGUUUAGAUUAGAGACAGAGAAUGUGGUGGAACUGCAACUCCCAUCAGCUCCAGCCAGCAUGGCCAGUGGUCAGGGAUGAUGGGAUUUGUAGUUCAACAACAUCAGAAGGGAACCAGGUUGGCUGCCCUGGCUUUUGUCCAUGGCAGUGGAGAACAGCACUUCCUCCAUUGAGGUUUACUUGAUACUUUCUGCAUUUGCUGGAAGUUCCAAUUUUUAAUAAGUUAAAUGAUAAUGUUUUUUUUAGCCUUGUGCCUGUUAUGAUGCCUCCUCUUCUUACUCCAUUGACUAUCCAGGGUGCUGAGUGCCAGCACAAUGGAGUUUAUUUUCUGGUAGGGGGAUUCUAGUGUAAAAAGGGAUAGCUGUAAUUGCUUCAUUAGUAAGAUGUGGGUAGGAGAAGUACAACAUUGUUUAAAGCCUAGGAUACAAGGAAAUAUUGUGUGGUGAGAACAAGAGGUCUGUAACAUUCACUGACUGUAUGCUUUGGGGGUCAAUAAGAUAUGGAUGGGGGGGGGGAGGGAACACCAUAGACAGAAAUGCAAAAAAUUGCUACUAGAGCUUCAGCAAAGCCAGACAUUCUUACUUGCUGAGCAGGAGGGAUAUGAUUUCCAUAGGUUUAAUUCACACAAGGAGGACCAAAAGAAGUAGUGCUGUAUUUACUUUUUAACAGUUAGGAAAUGUGAAAAUUCCUGAAUUCAGAGUGCUUUCAGAAACGGAGACUGCGGUUGGCACUGGAAUGAAAUAUCUGUCCUUAAGCCCUGCACUUCAGCACAUGUGGGAGUUGGUGUCCUAUUCAGUGCUCCUCAUAAAUUCCUUUCCGGAGGCAGAGUGUUAGGCUUUCUGGAAGCACCAGCAGAUAUUAUUGAUGAUUUUGUUACAUGUAUUGCUGUGGUGGUAUCAGUGACAUUGGUAAUCUUCAGUAAAUCAUGAAUUCUCCCUGGCCAUACAUAAUGUAUCCAUUGUCACAAACACUGUAUAUGUUGGUAUACCAGUAAGGAAGAGAAAGGGCAUCUGGAAACCAUGACAUUUUAAAGAAAUUGUGGUGUCUGUGUUUACUCACAUUCCAGCCUACACAGAAUAAAAUGAUUUCAUGCAUGUCUCUGAUGCAUGUUCAGAAUGCUUCUUCCAUCAUGCAUGCACCCCCCCCAAAUCUAGUGCAUGUUUCAGUCACACAGUCAGCUUAAAAUUUAAGUAUUCUAGAAAGUCUUAUCAGCUCCCUGCUUUUGACAACUUUGAAUGUAACAAUUCUGACAAUAUGCUGUUAAGCACAUGGGAAGAUAGAACAGCUGUAAGCCAUUUAUAUUUCAGUUACAGAAUUGGGGAGACCAAAUUUCUUCUUCCUCUGGUUUUCCUGAGGAAGAACAAAGGUGCUCCUGUUCGUCCUUCCCAUGUCGUCUUAUGUCAAAAUCAAACCCGCAGGUACAGAUUUGUGGGAGGCAAAAAGAAACACCUGUAAGUGAUUUUUGUAUCAAUACUCUUGGUGUUCAGCGGGAGAAAAAUCUAAAGGCAGUAAGUGCAGAUAAGUUGCCUAGUCUCUCCCCCCCCCCCAAAUCCCUUUGUUGUUUUGAGGUGGUUGUGUUUUUUGGUCAAUCUUGCUCUUUCACUUCUGAUCCUUAUGUAAGUCAAUAGCAAAUGAUUACUAUUCGUAAUCCCCGUACCUUCACAGCUGUCCUGUGAGAAAAGCUAAGCCAAGAUUCAGCAGCUUUUGCUAAAGUCUUUCCCACUGAUAGGAGUUUCAUAACCCUUUCUCUGCUGACCACUUUUCUGCUCUACAUCACCACCCCUGUUGCUUUUCCUACAUAUAUGACACACACCCUUGGUGCAAAUUAGUGUUGUGGAUUUAUUGAGAGAGAAAAGAAAGAUUCUGGGCUCUGAACUGCAGACAUCACUUCAAUUGAAGAACAUUUGUAGUCCAGAGAAAUCAUAGAAUCAGAAAAAAAAGUCUUGUCAUAAAGUGAAACCCUCAGAUGAUGCAGGAAGCAUACUGCUAACUACAUCCCCGUACAAACAUAUUGGAUGGUUUCUUAUCUUAAUCCUACUCAGAGUAGACUCAUUGAAGUUAAUGAGCAUGACUCAUUUCAUUUGGUAUGCUCUGAGUAGGGUUUAGUUUACUACAACCCUUUAUAACUAUAUCUUAAACAUAAGGUUUGUAAUGUUAACUUCAUGUGACAUUCACAAUAUAAGCAAUGUGUUUUCAUUUCUCUUGUAUCCCAAAUUUUAGUUGUAUUUUAAAGAAUACAGUCUUUUAAUUCUUUUUUUUUGAUGGGAUGUUGGUUUCACUGGGAAAAGUGCCCAUGCCUCUAAUUGAUCCUGUUCUUCCUCUCACCGCCCCUUGACAGUUGGGAUUGUUCUACGUGUGUGAAAUAUUCAACUGAAAAUGAGUUUCUGGCUUAGAACAGUGGGUAAUUUUUGAGGCAAUGUGAAGUGCUUGAUAUUCCAGAAAGUUUUAUAUUGUUACAGAGCAACUCCUAAUAGCAGGUCUUUCCUCCUAAGAAAAGACGUAAGAAGCCAGUGAAUCCUAUAGCUUGUACAUGCAGGACCCAGUUUCUGGUUUGCUUCAGUGCAAAGAAGAUGCGGACGUGCAGCUUUUAAACUCAGAAGAUGCCAAAAAUAACUGAGAACAGCCUCUCUGUCCUCUGCCUGAAAUAGAGGCUUUUAAGAAAACUCCUUUGUAUGAGACAGCUGCAUAGAUACGGCAUGACUUUUAUACCCGCAGCACUGGGGUCAGAGACUGAGCUGAAAAUGACUGACUUCAAGGGAUCAUUAGGUUACCUGCUUUUCCCUUUUUUCCUACAAAUGACAUUUCUUAUAGAGGUUGUAGAGAAAAGCAGUUGAAAACUUUUCUGUGGGUUACAAUGAGGAAAGUUAGAGCAUGUGUUUUGCAUGCCGUAGGUCUUGGGGUCAAUCCUUGGCAGUCACUUUUUAAAAGGAUCAUGUAGCAGGCAGUGGAAAAGACCUCUGCUACAGAGACCUCAUAGAACUCAUGCCAGUCAAAGACAACAGUGGACAUAAUGGGCCUAACAUACGAUACGAUAGGAUAUUAUAUUCUUUGGUUGGUUGAUGUUAUUGGUGAUAAUCCCUUAUACAUUGUAAGAUCUUCACUUAACAUAUCUUAACCACCUGGAGCGUAGGGCGAUGUUUCUCAAAUUUUGGUCUCCAGCUGUUGUUGGACUACAGCUCCCAUCAUCCCUGACCACUUCUCCUGCUAGUUAGGGGUGAUUCAUUGCUCUCUGCAUUGCUUGUUGGGCAAGGCCUGCUUGACGGAUGGACUUUGGAGGCUAGGAAUGCUCUUGUGGGAACUGAUGGCCCUACAAGAUGUUGUGACAAUUUCUCAGAGAGCCUAAGAGCUCUUUAUGCGCCGGAUAAUGCAGGCAGACCCAGCGUGCUUGAAUUUAACUUGCGUAAUUUCAACUAGCCUGCCUUCUACUACACAUGGUUGGGAUCAUGCAAGUUAAAUGCACAUAUUGUGUAUUUGUACUGUACUCCAAAACAGGCUGAAAAAUUUAUUUAUUUAUUUAUACAUAAUUUAAAUUUCUAUAAACAUGCUUCAUCCCAAAACGAUCCCAGGAGUAGUGUACAGCAGUUGUACUCUUAAUUGUUUUUAAAAUUUAUUUCCUUAUUACAUGUAUAUGCCUUUGCUUCAAGGAGCUCACUACCACCCCCAUUGUUUUCCUUGCAGUGGCCCUGUGAAGUAGGUUAGUUUGAGAGAGAGUGACUGGACCAUGGCCACUCAGUGAACUUAAUGACUGAUUAUUUGAAUCUGGGUAUCUAAAUUUAAUAACUAUACUACAGUGGUGGUGGAAUCAGCCCAUUUUUAAAAACAUAAUCUCAAUUUAUUUUAGCAGUAUCUUGAAAUUGGAUAUAAAUGAAGUGUUGCAGGAUGGUUUGAAGUGCUCUUUCAGAAGGUUUCUGAAUUAUUUUAUAUUAAUUAUUUUAAGAGAUACUGUGUUUUAUAUGGAACUGAGUGAAAAGGUAAAAAGGCUGCCAUAAAAUGAAUGAUAACGGAAUUUUCUUUCUGUGUGUGUGUUUGCAUGCAUGCACUUUUUGAAAACAUUUUGCAUGCCAUAGAGCACAUUUUCAUUUGCAUUUAGGUGUUAGUCAUGCUUUUAUUGCAGUUUGUUUUAGAUGAGCCAGCUCGGCAAGUCUAAAGUGCAAAGCUCUAGAAGAGUCUUGUUGAAAUCAGUAGCUGUGGCAAUUUGUAUUGUCUCUUUGUAAGUUGUAAAGCCCUUAUAAUACUUCUCUUUCUAAGUUGCUGUAGAAUCUCAUAGGACAUAAUUAGAGAAAAAGUCAACAUCCCAUUGAAUUUUAUCAUUAAAUACCCAUUGAUUUUAAUUACUCUGUACUGCACCCUAAAGCUACAAUCAACAAUAUGUUUUGCUAACAUGAAACACAUUUUAAAAGGACUUUGUGGGUGUCAUUUUAGAAUUUUGACAGGUAUGAGUGAUCUGCACCUUCUCCUCUGAAUGUCUUGCUUGCUUAAUGUCUCUGUAUGUUUGGCGAGGUUGUCACAGAAUUUGAUAUAUAUACACAUAUAUAUUAAUCUUAUUUCUCAGGAACUCCAGAGACGCUGCAAUACACUCAUAUCACUCAUUGAAAAAGAAAAUAUGGAAAUUGAGGAAAAGGAAAGAGCUGAAAAGAAAAAGCGGGGAACAAAAGCUCCAGCGGUAAUCAAUCAUCAGCACCCCUUCCAAACAUUUAAAAUACUUAUGUUGCACUUUUCCAGCAUGUUUUCAAAGUAUCUUAUAAUGCAGAGAAGAAUAACAUAAAACAGUACUUAAAUAAAUAGGAUUUUAAAAACAUAAAUAACCAGCAGAUGAGUGAGAAGAGUCACUUUAGGAAGUCCAAAGGAUGAGUAGAGAGGUUUUACAGUCCUUCUGGAAUGAAAACAAGGUGGAAUAAUUCCUCACUUCCAAGGUCCCUGAUUUUAGUGGCAGAUGUUCAGAUUACACAGAAUAUAUGUUAACUGAAUUGGGCCUGGGAAACCUGUGGCCCUUAAGAUGGCCAUGAUGGCUUGGGGUGACAGGAGUUGGACUUCCCAAAAAUAUCUGGAGGGCCACAAGUUUUCCACCUUGGAUGCAGGAAGAGACAGUCUCUAAAGUAUGUGGGUCAUAGGCUUUACAAGUUCAAGGUUCAGGCUUUGUAGAUGAACUAUAAUAGUAGCUUACUUUGAAAGUACUGUAGUUAUUGAGGUAGAAACAAAUCAUAGCACAGCAUGCUUAGAGGUUUCCUUCUCCUUUUCCUUUGCCAGAAAGAGACCUGCUGUUAUGACAUCAGACCACAGCUUGCUUUCAGGUCCCUUGCUUUCAGAAAGGGAAUAGAUGAAGGUCAUAUUGGUGGCUUCUGUGUAAACCUGGUCCACUUGGUGGAAACCUUCAUGGUUUCUGGGAAAACCAACUGCUGACUACUGCUAUGGAGUGUUUUAUGGGGGGCGGAAAGCUCUGUGCAUGUGCCACUUUCCUAUCCCACUUCUUUUGCUCCAGCUCCCCUCCUCUGUUCCACUUGGUGACAAUAAGGCAAGUGGGAGGUUGGGGGAGGCCUUCCUGGUGAUUUUUAAGUUUGCUGCAGUUGUAGACCAUUGAGCCCAAUGUACCUGUCAGGGUGGGAAAGUUCAGAAGAGAUAGAGCUGUGCUUUUGUAUCCCCUCCUUCCCACAUUCCUGGCACUUCUGACUUGCUACAGCAUGACAAAACAAAAAUGCUAGAGUCAGAAACGGGAGUAUUGAUGAAGGCUUAUCCUCAGUUCUCUAACACACUGGUUUCCACAAGGGUAGAUAAUAGGAAAGUAGAAUGACAGGGGCAACCCCCUGUGUCAUCCUUUACAUUUACCGUACUUUUCGCUCCAUUGGACGCAGUUUUCCCCCUCCAAAAACUGAGGGGAAAUGUGUGUGCGUCCUAUGGAGCGAAUGCAGGCUUGUGCCAUAGCCGCGUGCAACCCCUCCGGCAGGGAGAGGCUGCACGGGGCUAUGGCUUCUUUAGCCCUGCGCAGCCUCUCCUGGCAGGGAGAGAUUGUGCGGGGCUAAAGAGGAAGCCAAAGCAGCCAGCGGGAUCCAUCCUGCUCGCUGCCUUGGCUUGUUCCAUAGCCGCGUGCAACCCCUCCAGCAGGGAGAGGCUGCACGGGGCUAUGGCUUCUUUAGCCCUGCGCAGCCUCUCCCGGCAGGGAGAGAUUGCGCGGGGCUAAAGAGGAAGCCAAAUCAGCCAGCGGGAUCCAUCCCGCUUGCUGCCUUGGCUUGUUCCAUAGCCGUGCGCAACCCCUCCGGCAGGGAGAGGCUGCACGGGGCUAUGGCUAAGAUUUUUUUUUAUUGAUUUCCCCGUCUAAAAACUAGGUGCGCCCUAUGGUCCAGUGCGCCCUAUGGUGCGAAAAAUAUGGUACCUUUCGUAGCACAGGUGGUUUAAUGUGACUUUCCUUAGCGCUUCUUAGACCACUGAUACCUAGAAACUGAAUUCUUGAUGGAUCUUUCAUUGCCCAGUCAAUGGCAAAUGCUAUUUAACAAGCAUAACCACAUAUGACAUAGCAGCAGCAUCUGUAACAAUAAAACAGAAUAGUGUAUGUUUCUGAUCAGCUAGCAUGGUCAGUAUUCUUGCUGAUUUGAGUUGCAGUUUAACAAAUCUGGAACGCACCAAGUUAGCCACUCCUUGCUUUAUCAGUCUUAUCCUUAACCUUUGUAGAACAUCCACUCUUACUGGUUUUGGGAAUAGCUGUGCUAUACUCAAAUUGGGUACCUUGCAAACUUAAGACUUAAAACUGAAGUUAGGACUCUUUAAAACUGAAUCUUCUUUCAAUGCCUCUGUUAGAUUGCUUUUGAACUUACAUGGAUGAAAUCCAGAGAAAUCUAGGAUCUGUUGUUAUUUUAACUGGCAACUUCAUGGUCUAUUGGAUUUCAUUACCUUUAUAUACAUUCAGCAUCAAACAUUGUUAAGAUGGACAAAAAUGUGACGACUUCUCUCCCUUCUCACCUUUUUUUUCCAGUCACAAAAAAGAAAAGCAGACUCUGCCAUAGAAAGCUCUGGAAAAAAGGAUGCCAAGAAAGUGAAGACGUAAAAUUGGGAAAGGAAGCUCAGUUUAAAACUGCCAUUUCCCCCCUUCUCUGUCUUACAGUGUUAUUGACACUGUCUGUGUACUCAUUAUACCCAUUCCCCCCAAAAUCUUCCCGCCGGUUUCAAUUUUUGCAAACCUGUAUAUUUUACAAUGCUUUACCUAAUGUGUAGUUUUUUUUUAAUGCAUUCCAGUAUUUUUGUGCACUUGUAUUUUACGCUUUUUCUGCAUUUCUUGAGCAAAAUUUUACUCAGUCCUUGUUCAUCUGAAGUUUGUGCUGGGGCUUUUAGCUUUCAUAUGUUUUAUAUGCUUUGACAAAAAAAAAUAACUUGAUUAUUCUGUUGUUGUAUUAUUGUUGUUUCCUACUUUAUAUGAUCGUGGAAAACCAAAAUGAAUUAAAAUGACCAGAGGAGAAAUAUACUUUUAAUUUGUUUUGUUUUUUCUCUCUCUCUUUAGCCCACUCCAUCUUGUAGUCCCCCCCCCCCACUUCCAUACAGUAGCUUAGAUAACAUUUACUGCUAGGGUAAUUGACUAUAAGAGGAAGUAUCUUUUUGUAUGUGUGAACAUGGUCCCGUUUGGGCUUUUUAUCUAUCAGUUCCUGGGUAUCUCUUAGGCAGAAGCAGAAGCAGGUGGUAAACAGGCUGUACAAACCACAAACUGAAGGUUGUGCAAAAAGUAUGUUUUUUGUUUUUAUAAACGCCUCUCCAUAUUAAAAGCUCCCUGCAAAUAGACAACUUAACAUGAAGGGAAUGGGCUGGAUUAGACACCUUCUCUCUCAGCCGCAGGCAUUUUAUUUACCUCCCCCAAACCCCCUCCCACAACAACUCAUAUCUAUCAGCAACAGUUCAUAGUCCACAAAGCAAAUAAUUCACACAACUGUUGGAAAACAAUAUUUAAAUGUUCCCAGUAGCAAAAUCAGGCUUAGCUUUUUGAUGUUUGCAACACAAAAGCCAGCCCAACAUUUAUUAUAUAUAUAUUUGCAAAAUCUAAACACAAGUGACUGUGGUGCUGUGCAAAAUAAAGAAAGACGAAAUCGCCC